AUGUCCGAGGUUCCACAGGAAGAAGCUGCAAGAUCAAGAGCUGCUUCACCUCCCAGUGGCGAAGUUGCCCCUCCGUUGAUCUCAAAUGCAAAAGGUAAUCAUUUGAAAUAAUACUGUCUUUCGUCGUAGAAGAAAAAUAGCAAAAAUAGCGUUAUUUGAUGUCUUUGUAGGCUUUAUCCGCGUUCGUGCGCUUACUUCUCCCAUGGAGAGCUCUUAUUUCACUAUCGAGUGUUCGAUCGCCGAGACAUUAAUUUUACAUCGACUGUAUUUUUUGUUUGAGUGGUGCUUGUAAACACGCUCUAUAUUCGAUGUGUCCCGGGACGAUUAAGGGAUUUUAAAGUUUUUUUUGCGUGUUCACAGAUGAAGAAGCAAAGAAAGGCCCGAAACGCCGAGGUGCUCCCAGAUCGGCGGGAAGAACGGCGGCAAAUGCUGGCCCGGUGAGUGGAACAAAUCUGCGACAAUUGGUUUGAUUGGAAAUGAAAUGAUGAACUUACCCCAAAUGGAUCUGCGCCAUUAUAAUCUAAUUUUUCUGUUUAGAGAUAACGUAAUGUUAUUUUACCUGUUUACAUUGAAAUUUCUUUGAAAGCUAACUGAGAGGGAUCAACAAAUAAACUUAUGAACGCUGGAAGUUUGUUUUCGAACGGAAUAUGUUAUUUCGAAUCUCCAAAUUAUGUAACAUUUAAAAUCUGAUGUCGUAGUUUUCUUUUAUAUUGCCGUUUGACAUGAAAACCAUUGUUUGUGUCAUGCUGUACAUGUUUUGGACCUUUGAACUGCUUCGCCAGUCUUAAACCUUCGGCAUACGACGAUAUUUUCCCGCAUCUAAAGUUUCGUUAAGUGUACUUUGUCACCUGUUAAUUUAUUAUUCGUCUACAACUUAUUUAAUUGUCUCUACUGUUGAUCAAUAUUAUUUAACUGGGUUUUUAAGCAGAAGAAAACAGUCACACUGGUUACAGGGUCCGAAGCUAUGAAGGAAAGACAAAAGCAGGCCAAAGCCCUCAAGGAGCAUCGAAAAAUGACGGUACAAAUAUAAUCUGUUUUGUAAUCGAUCUUCGAUAAACAAGCAGUUUGUUCUUUGUCUCCCAGACGAUUAAAGGGAAUGUUGCCUGAAGGGAUAGCUAGUCAGCCCAGGAAGCCCGGCUGGGGGGGGGAUAAAAUUCUUCUUUUAGUAAGUGUUGGUAAAUCAUUGAUUAUCCUUUCGUUGUUUAUUUAUUAAAGAUAUACUCAAAGAAAAAGAUUUUUUAUUUCUAGAUGUGAUAGACAUGAAAUUUAUCCUUACAGUUUCAAUACAUCAUCCAUGAAACAUAUAAUGAAAUAGAGAAAUUCAUCUACCUGGUGUCAUCUUGAUUUUGUACCAAAUCCGCCUAAUUAUAGAGUUGUAAUCAACCUGUGAAUGUGCAGCCAGUAACAGAAAGAAUUAAUAAACAGAUUCUGGGAGCUGAAGAGUUGAUUUCAGUGGACAAGGGCAUUGCACAGUCACUUUUAGUGCAACAGAGCAUUAGUUGUGUCACUCUUAUCAUGUCCUGUAAUUUAUUUUUGGGAGUCUCAUUUAACAGUUUAAUUAGUUACACCCAGUAGGACUUAUUUUGGCAGUGAUAACUCACUUAAUAUUAAUCAUUAUUUUUCUUUUAGAUGGAUUCUAGGCACAACUUUAUACUAUCCAAGGUAAUUAUGCACAACUAAGAACCCUGAUAACUUGAGCUCCUAAGGGAAACAAAGAACGGUUUGAGUAAGCUGAUAGUAAGUGGCUGAAAAAAUGGGUUAAGGAAUGUCAGAUCUUUUUCAAGUUAUCAGGGAGUUCAAGUUAAACGAGUUUGAAUCUACAGGGUUCCACUGUAACUGAUUUCUUUACAAUUGUAGAAUAGAUAGAAUGAAGAAUAUAAAUUAACAUUUGGGUGUAUGUUAGGCAGUUGAUAUUAAAGAAUCUCUGCCUACUACGGAAAGCCCUCUGCCUAAAUUUUGAUUGCCUACCAGCAAACAAUAUUUUAAUGCAAAUGUGGAGUUGUUAUGCAGCAUAUUCUUCUCUAUGUUCCGUUCUCCUGCUAGUCUACAUUUCUCAAUUAGAAACCUCAAUAGGCUGUAUGUGUAAAUGAGAAAGUAGAAAACUAGAAGCAAAAUGGCGAUAUCACUUUUUGUGUGCCAGUUGUUAAAAAAAACUACUGCCUCAGAGUCUGCUUAUUAUGUGAUUCACUAUUUAGAUCAGUGACUACAUUGGGGUAGAUGGUGCUGUUGUUGAGGAUUUCAUCUUGGGAGAUGAUAAGGUUAGUUUUCAAUGGAAUGCAAGGCAGUAAGAGGAAUAGUUUUCAGUGGAGUACAAGGCAGAAAAAAAUAGUUUCAGUGUCCAGAGUGCAAGGCAGAAAAAAGAUAGUUUUCAGUGCAGUGCAAGGAAAAAAAAGAAAGCUGUCUGUAAAUUUGGUUACAACUGUGGCAGAAUUUCUGUCUUGUUCUGGAAAUCAUCAUCAUCAUCAUUGUUGCUGUCAUCUUCUCCAUCAUUUAUUAUGAUGGCUAUCAUGUCUUAUCAGAUGCUUAUCAUGUUCUUAUCAGAUGCCAGGUAGAUCAAAAUGUGGUCCUUCUGAAAGUGUACCUUUAUUUUGACAUAGUAAUUUUACCUUGCUUGCCAGGUACUUUUCUUUAGCUCAAACUUUUUUUAAAGAUUUAGUCUUGAUUCGUUUAUUCAGUUUGACCUUGCUGACUCAUUAUAUACUAAUAAUUUCAAUUUUCCUUCUCUCCUGUACUACAGUUUAACCAAAUUGAAGACUUCUUUGCUGCAGAUGGAUCAAGAAAACUUAUGUUUUUCUAUCAAGAAUGCACUGUAAGUAAUUUAAAAUGUGGCAGGGAAGGGCAGUAUCACUUUCACGUUUUAAAUGUAGAGAGGGAUUGGUACAAAACUUGUGCUGCUUCAUACAAUUCUCAGCUGUAAAGUUAAACACCAUUUUUAUUUUAGGUAUAUAGCAAUACUCACAUUUCCUGUGUUUGAGUUUAGCUAUGCAUAUAUAGUUAUGAUUUUAAAUCUCAGUUGCAUUUUGCAAUAUUUUCCUUUAUUCAGAUUGGAGGUUGUGAACAGGUUGUUUUGAUUGUUAUUUGUGGGAUGCUAAUUAAGCAUUCUACUGUAUUUUGUAUGGAUAUAAGAAUACAUAGCAUGAUAUUAAGUUUCAUUUAAUUAAUCAUUAAAGAUAAUUUGUCUGGUGAAUGGUUUCUGUGAUGAAAUUUUGUAGAAGAAGAUGUUUUUGAUAUAUCAAUCAUGGUAGCGGAUAUUAAGUGUUUCAUUUACAAAAAUUAAUAAUUAAAGCCAAAAUAAUUUGUCUACAACUGUACAAGAUGAAUGGUUUCAUGAUGGUCAACUUUUGUAGAAGAAGAUGCUUUUUCAGUAGUCCAUAUCAAUCACCUUUUCUGGGGUUCUAUCAACAUUGUGCCCUUGAGACAUGUGGGAAAAAAAAAUGUGAGCUCCACUUUUAGGCUUGGCUAAAUCUGUAUAGUGUGAGUAAGGGUGAUGGGUAAUAACAAGGACAAAUUGUAGAUAUGUAAACAAAGACGAACAAAAUCUGGCAGUUAACAUUGUAUGUGUAAAAGUACUCUCAAAGUUUUUAUCUUGGAUUCUGAUAUGGGGCACAAGAAAAAAUUAUUGUUAUUAACAUAUACUUGUUACCCAACUUGUUAAAUCCCCAGAUAAACAGAGUUGAUCUUAGUUCACAAGCAGCAAAUUCUCCCAGGAAACUCUUCAUUACAGGAGGGAAUACAGAGGUAAAUUUCAUGGUGCAGAAUAAAUCAACAAUUUUUUGUUAAAUUUUUGUUUGAAAAAAUAAUGGAAGGAUCAGAGUGGAAAGUGAAGAAUUGGUUUGGUUUGAUUUAAUACCACAGUGAUUACAGUGGCUGCAUUCAUUGUAAGUGAUAUUGUUUUGUCUUACAAUCACUAAAUUUUCUCCUAGGAACUCUGUGGCACCUGCCUUAUGUUUAUCCGUGCAACAAACAAGGCAAUUACUAUACAGAACAUCGCUCAGGUACAGCUUUUGUUUGUUGGUAAUAAGUUCAGUGGGGGAAAGAUGAGUGAAAUGGUGAUUUAACAAAAAAUUUUGUUUUUGAGAAAAUUGUUGCUAAAAGGAAAGCCUUUGAGAGUUGUUUUAAAUUACAAAGUUUUAGUAUACCAACUCCUGGUAAAUUUUGAUUGGUCAAUAUGCAGUAUGAUACAUCGAUUAGUGAAUGUCAUUCAUAUUAUUUUACAGUUUUACACAUUGAAGUCUGUAAGCAAUAUUCGUAAGGGUGAUUAUCAGUGUCUAUUAUUAAAUGACAUUUUUAUGUGGGCUGAUUGGUGUGAUGGGUAAAAGGUAGCCAGCAGAACAGAUGUAUUUCUGAUGUAUGGAGGCAAGCAUGAGGCAAGCUCAAAGAGCAAUUGAGAUGAAAGGAGAGAAUCUUGUGACUCUAGCCUCAUGUUCCUCAAGCCCUUGUCUCCAUUUUCCUGUAAAAUGCCAAAAAUUUCAUGAGUUCUGUAGGCUAGGGAAAAGGGUAUUUUUAAUUAUUCCUUUUCUAAUGUGAUGGGUUAUGCUCUCCUAAUAGAAUAAGUGAUUUAUCAAUUAUCACUGUCUUGUUCAUGAGUGAUCUUGUGGUACGCCUAGGAUGUAAUUGUUACUCAGUUAUGACCAGUUUGUUGAAAAAAUUUUUUCUUGAUGGUUUCUGGCAGGAGGUGAACUUCAUGCCCAUGGAGACUUCCAAAGGUGAUGUUUUAGAGGGAUUUCAGAAACUUCUUGGAAGUAUCCUGGUUCCUGUUCUCCAGAAACAAGAGGUAUUUUGAGUAAUGUUUAGCUCACAUGUUCACCUAGAGUGGGAAAUAUUUUUGUGCUAUUUAAUUGAACUUUUUUAAUUACUUACUCAUAGAAUUGGGGUGAGCUUCCAAAUAGCUGUGGGCAAGUGCAAGAAUUUCUUGAGUCCCUUGAAAAGUUUGUUGGAAUUUUGGGUGGAGCAAGAAGCAGUAUGAAAGGAAGGUCAGUGUCAAUUUGACAUGCUUUUGUAGGAGAGUUUCUUAAAUAAAUAUGUUUUGCUCAGACAAAGAGGCAAACACUCUCCAAACAUCAGUGUUACAAACUCUUUACAGUGGAAAUUUAUGUUAUCAACUCAGUUGAUAAAACCAAAUUAUCUUGUGAUACUCUCCUACUGAUGGAGCACCACAGUUUCUUCAGAAACUGCCACAUUUAUUCCUAUAUUUUCCUAUAAUAGACAUUUUUAGGUCUAUUUUGAAUUACGAAAUUCUGAAAACAAUGAACCAUUGUUUGAUCUUCAUAGCUCAGUUGUGUAUUCAGAACAACCAAAGGAAACUUUUAAACAUAUGAACAUGGGUGAUGAAGACAGAUUUUCUCCUUACAAUAUUGAUAUAAUAUCAAGCAGGGAAGUAAUGAGAAGAAAGAAAACAUUUAAAUUCAGGGAUUAUUGGUUCAUCCAAUACCAAAUUUUCCAAACUUACAUCAGAGACAGUUAAGAGAGAAUUACUAAAUAAAUGAGAUCUGGGAGUGAAUCAAGAGCUAAGAGUUAAACAUUCAAAUUGAACUGAUUCAAUUUUGUUCUAACAGGGUUCAUCUUGGGGACCAUGAUUUGGGACCACUUCUUGAUGGACUAAGGACUCCUACAGAUUAUGUGCUUGCAGGUGAGGGUCAGAGUAUUUUACAAGGCAUGCCAGCUUUAUUUGUGGUGCACAAGUGGAAGGUUUGGAGACCUGAUGAAGUCAAUGUGUUGUGUUCUUGGGCAGAGCACUUUACUCUCACAAUGUCUGUCUCCACUCAGGUGUAUUAAGGGGUUCCUGGGAAUUGUUAAGGAAGCCUGAUGAAAUGCUAGGGGGUAUUCUUGCAACUGACUGGUAUCCCAUCCAGGGAGGAUUAGGAAUACUCCUGGUCUCUUCCUAAGGAAACCGGGAAAAGCUUCAGCUGGGUGGGUCACUUGGCUUAAUUACAGAUUUUACCUUACCAUUAUCUGGUUUAUGCACAAUGAUUUGAUGAAGGGUUGAAAAUGAAUCAACACAAAAAUCUAAGUACUGUAGUACUGUAGUACUGUAGUUUUAUCAAACUUUCUAUCGUUCAAUCGUUUGAUUGCUAUUAUUUUUCAGCCAACAAUCCAGAUGUUUUGGACAAACUUGAAGGUCUUGUUGCCUUGUGGUCCAAAGUCAUUGAACAAGUUCUAGCUGAGAGUGAACAAGUAAUGUGGUUCUUGUUUAAAUGACUAUAAUUAAUUUUGUCAAUCCACAUCACUGCAUUAUCACAUCAAAAGUGAGUCAAGUAUGGUCUUGAGGUGCAAGUAUUCUUGCAUAAUUACAAAAACUUCUGGUGCUUGAUUAUUUUAGAUGAGGAAAGAAGCUGAUGAUAUUGGCCCCACAGCUGAACUUGAACACUGGAAAGAGAGAAUGGCCAAGUUUAAUGUGUAAGUUUACACACCAUCACACAUUAAAAAGAAUAUAUCAGAAGUAUUCUCUCACCAUUUUCUCUGUGCUGGCCAAUUUACAUUUUAUUAAAUAUUACCAACUCAGUCGAUUAGACCAAAUCAUCUUAACAGAAGUACUGUUGGAUUAAAGCCUUAAAUUCUCAGAUUUUGAUUUUCCAAAAAACUGCACAUUCAAGUCAUAUGUUAAUCACCUGUUUGUUGGACUUGUUUUUGUUCUGCCAUGCUUGAAAAGAAAACUUCAAAAAUAAGUUCUUUUCAGAAAUGCCAUUCCUUUGGAAUUAAUUGAACCAGGAAAAUGUUUUCCUUAAAACUAAAACAAAAUUACCUAUUCAAAUUUAAAUACUAUAGACUUAAAAUUCAUCCUUCUCAUUUUUUUUUAUUUUUGUGUUUUUCAACUUUUACAUGACCUCUCAAUGUUUUUUUUUUCCAGCCUUCUUGAUCAGGUGAAGAGUCAUCACUGUAAGGCCACUGUAGGAGUUCUGCAUGCAGCAAAGUCAAGAAGUUUGAAACACUGGAAAGAACUGGUAUGAUACUUGUUGUCAUAGUUAUGUAAAAGAUAUAUUGAAUUAAACUUGAACCAUUUCACAUCUAUAAGUCUGCCUAAUUGCUACUCAACAACUAUUCACCCAAGUGAAGGUGGCUGGUGGUAGAUUUUUACCAAGCCAUGAAGUGGCAAGGUAAACAUCCACUAUUAGCCAUGGACAUUUAGGUGAAUAGUUGCAUUUCUUAAAAAGUGGGAAAGGUGAAGCAGGUAGAGAGGCAUAGCACCUACAGCCACCCUUUGAAGAGGUUUUUUUAACAGUACAAAUCAACCAAUUGUCCGAUAUCAUAAUACAUCUGUAUACAAUUUGCACAUUAUUUUUACUCUACAUAGUGCAGUUGGAGAAUAAAUACUAAUAUUAAUUGGUUAUAUUGAAUCUGAUUACACACUCUACUUUCAUUACUAGUUCCCAGGCUUACAAAUGAGCACUUCCAUUUGGUUUACUUACCAUUCAGUAAACUGAGUAUUGGACUUCAAACUCAGAUUAAUUUAAUAUGUUCGCUUGUUUUCAUUCUUAUGUGAACUUGGACUACUUGUGUAAGAAGUAAUUUAAGUUAGCUAAGAACUGUAUAAUUUUAGGAGCAACAUUCUGGUGUUAGUAGUAAGUGGUUUAAUUGUUUUCCCUUUCUAGGAUAGCAAAAUCACAGAUGCUGCUAAUGAGGCCAAAGACAAUGUGAAAUACUUGUACACUCUGGAUAAAUUUUUUGGACCUUUAAUCAAGUGCUCUCCGGUAGGUUGUGGCUACGAUCACUUGAUAACAAUUUUUUAAUGAUUACUAAAUGUCUCACUCAUUUUAACUGGUAUGUUUGUGAUUGAAUUUUGCAGACAGAGAUGGUAGAACACAUUCCCAGCUUAAUGAAUGCCAUCCGAAUGAUUCACAGUAUCUCUCAGUGCUACAACACAUCGGAAAGAAUGACAUCUCUCUUUGUCAAAGUCACAAAUCAAAUGAUAACAACUUGCAAGGCUUAUAUCAACCGAGAUGUCAUGAAGAUAUGGGAACAUCCAAGGUAUGGAACACCCUAACCAGAGAAUCAAGUUAAUUUUACAAUUGAUGACUUUGUGGCAUAUUGUCAAAAAUUAAUGUCAUAAAAUUACAAAAUAUCAUUCUGCUUUAUUGCUCUGUUUCACCAUGGAACUACUGUCUUCUUUUACUGCAAUAGUCCAUUUUACAGUUAUGUGCUUGGUUGCCAAGCCUUUGAACAGGAAUGAGGCUAAGGGUGACCUUGUUAUGAUACAAACCUUGCUGCUUUUCAAAUGCAAAUUACUUUGUUAUCAUGCUAACUAGAUACUGGUCUCUAUCACAACAAGGUCACCUUCAGCCUCACUCCAAAUCAAAGGCUUGGCAACUAAGUACACAACUGUAAAAUGGCUUAUUGGCUAAUUUUGUUGUUAGUAGUGACUCUGUUGACAGAAAAAACUGUCAUAAAUUUAGCAAAAGCACUAAACUACUUUUUAUUCUAUCAUCAGGGAGGUUUUAUCAGGAAGAUUGAAUGAGUGUAUUAGACUCAAUGAGGAGUAUCAGAGGUGCUUUCACCGAACCAAACAAAAACUCAGAGAAAAUCCCAGUGAAAGACAGUUUGAAUUCAGGUAAACUGUUCAACUCACUGUUCCUACAUGUUUUGCCUUUGUGGUUACAUUUUAGAGAACUGUACUAACUUAUCCUGAAUAUCACUGAGACUUGAUUUGGACAUGUCUGUUGUGUUGUGGACAAAAGAGACUGAUAACCUACUGAUAACCUCUCAAUUUCUUCCUGCAGUGAGAAUUAUAUUUUUGGAAAAUUUGAUGCAUUUUGCAAGAGGCUGGAAAAGAUCAAUGACAUGUUAAACACAAUGGAGACUUUUGCAGGGGUCAAUAACAUCAAAAUUGAGGUACAGUGCAAACAAGGUCACUCAAGCCUGAAUAAAUCUUUACCUUAAGCCUUCUCACUUCCACGAUCAUAACAAGGCUUGUUUUCCCAACAGAUGAUCAUGCUUGAUGUUUUACAUACUGUAAUUCUCAUUACUUCUCAUCUUUAUAGUAUUUGGAGACUGAGAGGAGAAUGUACAGUUUGAUCAUUGUAAGGGUUAAGUACCAAAGGUUUGACUGGGUAAACUAUUUCACAUUGCUUGAUUCUCAAACCUAAUUUGUUGAGAAAUAUUCCUUAAAAAUAUUAUAUAUAUUUUUUGGCUAAUCAGAGUUUAGAGAAACAAUUUUGGGAAGAACUAUCUUUAAAGCACUUUAGCCAAGUUUACCCCAAACCUCUAUUUAGAGUCCAUUUUAAAUAGCCUUUUUUCAGUUUUUCCCAAUGAUUCUCCAAUAUAAACUGUGUUGAAUUUUUUCAGGGCAUGGAGACAAUGAUAGUUCGUUACAACUCUAUUGUGACAAGUGUAAAGAAGAAAGGUUAUGACUUGCUGGAUCACAGAAAAGGAGAGGUGAGCAUAGGUAGAACUAAGUAAAAUGACAUUUUGGCUUUGUUUACUGUCACAACGUCAGAGUGCUCUCAGUUACAGUUACCAUCAAUCUGUUAUGUGCUGUUUUAAGAAGUUUUAAGUGGUUUUAUUGCGGUUGUCUUUGAUGUUCUUUCACCUAUCCUCCUUGUGCCUUCCCUUGAUCUAAUCAGUGAUGAUGGGUGCCUGGAAUGCAGGCUCAUAGCUGGGUUGUAGGGAUUAGGCAGGUAAGGGGUGGUACUCAGGCUAGUCACAGUGGAAGCUUCUAGAUAUCCAAGACAACCUGUCCCAUUUAAUUAAGAGAGGGAGCCAUCAACAGCAAUCUAACAGGCUUUCAUAUCAAGGGUAGUUUUGUUUUACUUCACGUAGCCUUGUGAAUGUGCAUGCAUAACUUUCACAAUUUAUGAAGUUUUCAUGUAUCAUUUUCUUGAUCGCAGUUUGACAUUGAUUAUGAAGAAUUCAAACAAAGCAUUGAAGGACUAAAACUGCAGUUGCAGAUGUUCGUAGACUCCUGGUUUGACAAACCUCUAUCUGUGAGUGUUACAUCUUACCACCAUAUCUUGAAUUCCAUAAUUUGCUUUUUAAAAUUAACUUCUCUGUUGAUACAUUCUUUUGUAUAAUCUCCAAAAAAUACUGUUAACCAAUUUGUAGGCUUUCACAAGAGCUGAUAUCCAUAUAGGGAUGAUGUUAUCUUGUUAUACAACAAUAAAAUUGUGUGUAAGUUUACAUACUCUUAGGUGUUACCCAACAGUAAUUUCUCCUUGCAAAAAGCAACACACUAGAUAUCGAGCCAAAAAUUGAUUAAAAGAAAGAAAAACCAAGCAUCAUCAAGGUCACAUUGCUUGAUUUAUCACCAAAUUCUAAAAGCUAAAUUUGACAGAAAACAGUGCAGAGAACAAAAAAUGUUUGGGUCCAGGAAUAAAGAGAUUAAAAGGAACUGAAUAUCAGUAAAGUUAGUCACAGUAAGAGGGCUACCUAAAUUCUUUGAUAUUAUUUUUUUGUCACUUUUCAGACCCUUAGGGCUCUUGAACUUCUGCAAAAAUUCCAAAAUAUUGGAGGAGUUCAGUUGGAUCUUCAUGACAAGUAUCAGAGGAUUUUGAUCCAAUAUGGGAGGUAGGAAUACCAUAAGAAAGUAGGUUGAGUUGGUGUGGUGAUUUCAAAAUGAUAGAAUGGUACUCUUGGCAUUGUAGGAAGUGAGAAAAUUAUGAAUUGGAAAUAGCUAGCUUGAAAAAGAUUUUAGCUGCAUGGCCUUGAUUCAGCAAGUAUCCUCUAAAAUUUAAGUGAGGAGUUAUCAAAUGAUGUGAGGGUGAAUGGAUGUUGAUGGUAGAUAUAGGAUGUGACCAAAGAGAACCAAAUGUUAAAUUAGGUAAUAAGUGAUUCUCAAUAUGGGAGAAGGUAAAGGUAGCUAGACGCCUUAGGGGGAGCCAAGUUGGCAUUGCCAUGCAAUAUUAUAGAAGGCAUGGAAAGCUGAAGGAAAGGUGAUGACCAGUGCAGUGUUGUGGUGUGGAUUCUCUCUCAUGUUAGAACAACUUAAUAAACCUGUCUAAGGGCCUCUGUAGAGUAGACUACCUCUCCAGAGAGUGACAACAUGCAAGCUUGCCAAUGAUAGGAAGAGGCAAAGAACGAUGUUACAAAUUUCCAUGGAUCUUCACUUAAGUUAGAAUUAAUUUUGCAAUCUUUUCUUUCAUUAGGGACCUUGAGACAUGCAAAAAGCUUUAUCAAAAGCAGAAAAAUGACCCACCUAUUCUUCGUAAUCUUCCACCAGUAAGGAACCGUCUUGAUUAUGAAUUUAUGCUGUGACUGUACUGUCAAAAUAAGAAAACAAAAACAAUGUGUUUUGCAAUCUUUCAUGCUGGAGAGUUGAGAUUAACAUGUCGUCCCAUCUGGUUUUAGGUUGCAGGAAAAAUAACCUGGGCCCGACAGCUUUUUAGAAGAAUUCAUGAACCAAUGAAGGUGUUCAAGACAUACCCAGAAAUCUUAAAGGUAAGUUUGGUUUUUUUGCGGUAAAUUUCAUUUUAUAUUGCAGCUGUAGCUGUUGUGGAACCCCUGACAUAACAGGUGCACUGUGAUUAAUAACAGUUAUUGCACAUGAAAAUCAUGUUCUGUCAGUUCAUGUGUCAUUUUAACCUAUCAUAUUUUAUUAUUAGGGAGAAGAUGCAAAAAGAAUCAUUCGCAAUUACAACAAGAAUGCGGCUGUGCUGGUAGAAUUUGAGGUAUGCGAACAUAAAAUUUGAAGAGGUCAUGCAGUUUAAUAGGACCUCAACCAUUUUUUUUAAAUCUAAUUCAAAAUUGUCUUUGUCUCUGUGUGGCGAAAUGAAUCAGCGUAAGGAGGUUUUUUUGUCAGCAGUGGUUAGUACAUAUUAUUUAAACAAGUCUGAUAAUUUUUGUAUACUUAUUUAGUGAAUUUAACAUGGACAGUUGAGGGUAGAGGUUUCGUAGAACUGUUGUUUUGUGAGUUUUGUGUUAUUUCAAAUACUCACAAUAUGUCUCUUAUUGUGCGUUUCUGCUGCAGUUGCUGUAUCAUCGUGGAUGGUUCAAAGCAGUUGAAGCUGCUAAGAGUGGUUUAAAUGCAUCACUGCUUGUGCGACACCCAGAGACCAAGGUAUACUUUUUUCUGUUUUGAUUUAUUGGCUCUGGUCAUAAGAUUAAUUUUUGAACGAAUUGUUUGUUUUAUGUCCUCAGAAACUCUUCGUGAACUUUGAUCCACAAAUCCUUGAGUUGAUUCAGGAGGCCAAAUGUAUGCGAAGGCUAAACCUCGAGGUAAAUAAGAAUAUGGAAAGUAUGAUGGUUAAUGAUGACUAUUUAUUUUACAAAGCCACAGAGAGAACACAUUUGUUGGAAAUAUUCUCGCAGAUAGUAACAGCUUUUAGCACAAUUGCUUAGGUAAUUACAGAGAUGUGUGCGCUCUUAUUGGUCGAGGAUUGAGUCAUAUCUCGUUGUAAUCACCUCGCGCGAGGUAAUUAUAGCAGGAGCGCCAAAUUUCAAAAUAGCCGCCUUGCCCUUUUGUCAGUGUUACCGGGAAAGUUAUCAACGCGAUAAAGAAAAUUCAAUUCCGAAGAGCACAAAAGAUGCUUUUUAGUUUGGAGUAACACUUUUCAAAAGAUAGAUAUGAAGUUUUUGCUGAUUGAAUCAAAUGAACGUAUCAAAUUCUAGUGGAAACUGGCUCUUUAUCUUGAUACGAGUUCUCAAAACAAUUGAAACAGAAUAUUUUCAUCAUCAAAACGAAUAUUUACAACCGAAUUCGAAAGCACCCAAGCAAUUAUACUAAAAGAUUGUUAAUUAUUACUUCGAAAGAUUUUUCAACCGUCCACAAUGAUUCGGUAGACCUGUCAAUGAGUAUCGUAUAUCUUACAAUCUGUUUUACAGAUACCCGAGGCUGCACAAGUUAUGUGCAUGAAAGAGGAACAAUUCAAAACUUGCAACAACAGGUUUGUAACACAGUCCUUUGUCUAUCAAUUUUGCUGGUUAAUUUCCACUCGGAACCUCUCGCUAGGAACUCUGAUUACUUACGUCUUACCAAACAUUGUAAUUCGAUGAAGUUUAGCUGAAGAUAGGAUCGGCCAGUACGAUAGUUUAUUAUCAGUAAUGAAUGGAAAUUUGAAUCUUCAUGUCUUAAACGUUCACUUAACAUAUCUCUUUUACAGGCUCCAAGAGGUUUUAAAGGAGUACGACUCAGUCGUCUCAGGGAUCCCAGAAAAUGUGUUGCCUCUGAUGAAGCCAUUCACCGACCGUGUUGACGAAACGAUCAAACCUGGACUGACUAUGUUGAACUGGACUUCUCUAAAUGUUCAUUCUUGUGAGUACAAUUACUAAGUCAUGUCCUGAAAAUUGUUUAGGUUCUUGUUACAUGCAUUUAGAUCUUAAGGAUCUGUAAAGAGUACUAGUAUUGAAGUAGGAAAAAAUUUAGAAACGUGGUCUUAGAGACCUUUUAAAAGUUGGGGAAAUAGGGGUAAAAUCUUGAAAAAAGAGGGAGAAGUCUGGAAUAUUUGCUAAGUUGCGACAAAGGUUUAAUUUCUGGUGAGGUUUUUGGUUAAUAGCUGGAUUUAAUGCUAUUAUUGGUCUCGUUUAAUCGAUGUAAGUGAGGAAUUUGUGAUUGUGACAUAAAAUCCUCGCAGUUACUAUUGUAUUCAGCUCAUGCAAUUCGAUUCAUGUGGAAACUAGACGAACGUUGUUUUGAAAAGUAAGGAAAAAACAUUUCAAUUUAGACUGAUAUUUGCGUGAAUCUAGCUUCUUGAACCUUAACGGAGUGGUCUUGAAUCUGUACUUAGUAAAACAUGCAAGUCCAAAUGAGGUGUAAUUAUUUUAAUGCUCUUUAUAAUGUCAUCAAAUCUGCAGAUAUCAACAGCAUUCAAAAGUCCGUGAAGGGACUUGAAAUUCUUACGAAAGGGGUGAGUGGUUUUUGAAAAUAUUGCUUUUUUUCUCAGUUGAUUUAUCAAGAAAUUGGACUAUUAUGGCGUCAUUACCGUUGUGUGAUAUAUUCUUUUUGUGGUCCAGUAUGCUCCAUUUUAACAGCAAGAAAAUGCCUAUUGCAUGUCAAAGUCAAUAGUGCUGAUUGCUGAUAUUGAGUGUUCUUGCAUUUAAGGUGAAAGACAUGCUUGACUGUCGAAUAGAAGCAGUUUUGCAAGAUAUUGAGUUAACACGGCUGUGUGAUCUGCCAGAAGAUGAAGCUGUUACUGUGGAGGAUUUUGUUGCUGUUACUGAGAAAACAUGUCAAGAAUCUGCCGAAUCUUUGUCCAAGUGAGCUCUACUUGUGUGAAUCAGAAAUACUAAUUUACUCACAAUUUAGGCAGGGCUUCAAGUUCGAAUAUUUCAUGGCGUGGUGACCAGAAAUUGUAUUCGGGUCGCAAUUUUUUUUGUUAUUUAAGAAUACGACGAACCAUUGAAAGUACUGUAUGCACAUGGUUAUACCCUUCCAACCUUGCUUAGGUCGUCAAAUUAGAAAUUUUCGCGGUAAAUGUAGUCGUCAAAACAUUUUAAUCUAUACGCGUCAUGACGACCGAAAAAAAAGCAGCUCGGAGCGCUGGACAAGAUCUUAGGUCAGAUCGUUCAUGAUGUUUGACAUUCAGACUUAGCUAUCGAAACUAAUGGAGAUUGGAAUUGAACCAGGUCUCAAUUUGGGAUCCAGUACUGCAACUAUGGCAGUUUUUUUUUUUACAGCAUUCUUGUAACAUUUAAGCUAUGGGUGCAAUUCUUUUUUUGUAACAAAGUUUGUUACGUUUACUCAGGUACAACCAUCUUGUAGAAUCAUCAGUAAACAUCCUUCUUCAAACUCUUAAAGACAACUUGAGGCCAAACGAAUUAACAGGCCUUGAUAAAGAAAACUACCCCUGUCUGUACCCAGAGUCAAAACAGGCCAAGAACAACAAAGGAAACAGGUGCUGGGAGUGCAUGCCUUGCUGCUAUUGGAGCUUGUUCAUCUUUUUCAAUCAAAGAUGCAUUGAAGCUUUGGUUAAAUCAAAAAGACAGUCAUUGGAUGCCAUCAAGAGGCGAAUGCAAGCAGCCAGUAAACACAGCAAGGAUUUGUCUGACUCAGAUGCCAAGUCCCCGGCACUGUUUAAGGUGAGUCCUACACUUUUUCUCUUCUCCGUUCAAUGUUUUCCCUUGCACCUUAACUAUCAUCCUGAAAUCUUGAUUCGUUCUGCCUCCCUGCCUUUCCCUGCUACGAUGACCCUUCUGUCAAUCUUCAGAGUCUGUAUUUUGUUUUUCCAUUUGCUUUUUCUUUGUUUCUCUGUUUGUUGCUUGCCUCCUUUCCUUUCGAUAUUGCUUCCUCCAACUUUACUAAGUUCCUCGCGACUUUUCUUUUUCUCUCCUUUUCUUCUUUGCGGAACAAUUUGUUAUCUGCCUUCUGCCUCGCCUUUGUUUCUUCACUUUCUUCUUUUCUACUGUUUUUUUUUUCUCAUUAUCUCUCUUGCUCAUUCCACUUACUUAUUUCGUCUCAUCUUUCCAUUUUCCUUCCACUUUCUACUCGUUCUCUUACUUUCUUCUUUCCUCAAUUCAACCCUCUUCGCUGAAAUGAGUUUGCCUUCUCUUUAAUGCUUGCAAUUUUUUUUACUAGGCUGACAUUGUGUUGGAGAUCCCUUCAAUUGUAAUGAAACCCAGCUUAGAUGACAUUCAGCAGGCUUUAAACAAAACUGUACAGAUUAUGCUGAAAACAACUCAGGUAACAUAGCGAAGCGUCGAAGGCAACUGUAUAUUAAACCCUCACAGGACACAGAUCUGAACGUGUGUCUAACAAUCGUUGUAAAUGAAAGUGACAUUUGUAAUUUUCAUCUCCGUUUCCACUUUCUGUGGAUAAUAAUCGCACUGUAUAUUUAGGCAGGUUAUACAUUCAGAAGUGCACUGAAAUGUGAAUAUGAGUCUGUUGAGAUGUUGGUAAGACUAAUCUUUGUUUUGGUUAUCUCAUGAGUUAUGAUCACUGUACAAAGCAUAACACUUUGUUAAUUCUACUUUUAAAGAACGUCUAUGAAUGGGAACAACACGGAGUCAUCCAUCAGCCUCCCAUCAUUGUUGCUGAAGAAGGAAAAGUUCUUCCUCCUCUGGCACCCAAGUCUCUUUACAAGCUGGUGUCUGAACACAAAGACGUAACAAAGGUAUGCAGCCACUUAUUUGGUCCUUUUUUCGGUAACUACUUUUGUAACCUGCCAUAAUCUUGUUAACCUGUGGUAGUUUACCUCUUCCAAUUCCACAUGUGUUUAAUUAAGCGUCAUUAUAUUUGGACACUUUAGUCCAAUCGUUCUGAGCGACAGCGCUUCCAUCUAAGUUAUAUGGGGUUCGAGAAGGUUCGUAGCGGUACUGUUUUGUACUUUUUUGUGCCGGAUUACUUUAGUCGUUCAAAUAAAAUUACUCUUAAUGUAGAGUUAAUCAUUUUUUGACAUACAGGAAAAUAAUGGUUGUUUUUUGAUAGGUGGUCAUUACUUUGAGUUCAGUUGUAAGCUCAUUAAAAAUGGAUGCCACGAAGAUUUUGGACGAGAUGGACCAAUUUAAAGAGCUGUGGAACCAGGUAAUGUUCAGUAAUAAUUUCCAAAAUUACAAGAAAAAAAUAUACAGUUGAAGCUGUUUAAUUGUCAUCGCAGAAAAAAGGACUCGAAACUCUUAAAUGAAUGAAAGAUAGGGUCUCAGAUAAUUCUUAAUUUUUCCCAGGCUUUGAUAAGUUUGUGUCUUAGAUCAGCUUUUUAUCUUUCUCGACCGAAUACAGUAGAAUUGUUGCUUUAAAUGGUCUUUAUGGUUUUUAUGGUCAUUGUUGUUGUUUUCAGGAUCCCAACACCAAAGUGAAAGAGUUCAUGGAGUCCAAACCUUUGUUAUCAGACUUUGAUGCCCAGAUCAAAUAUUAUCAGCGUCUGGAGACUCAGAUAGAAGAACUACCCGGAAGUUAUCACAUUGGUCCUGUUGAGUAUCUUACAGACAGGAUCAAAGAAGCUUUGGUCACAGAAACUAAAGCCUGGAAGCAAGCAUUUGGAAAAGCACUGGCGGAGAAGGUAACGAUCCCCUUUUCUUUCAGCGAAAAGUUUUUGAUUGUAGAAUCGAAGGUGACCACAAGCUCAGUAGUCAAAUAGAGGACGCGCCUUAACUUGUGUUGUCGUGAUGGAAAAAUUGUUAGAGCCGUCAACAUCGCAAGACGAAUUUAUGCGGACUUCUGCUACAGCUGUGCAGUGACUUUGGCUUAUUAAGAGCGUAAGAAAGUUUUAAGAAGAAUAUAUUUCCCUAGUAUUUCGCUGAACUUGAUUUCAGAUCUCAGUUGAACUUGUCCUAGAUUCCAAGAGUCAUAUCUGCUGAAUAAGAAGUUCAAAUUUUAAUGAAAAUUUUGACGCUAUGGAACUUUUAUUAUAAUCAAUGAUUGUGUCUGAGUACAAGCGAUUCUUUUGUAUCUCGCAGGCAAGUGCAGAUAUGGAAGAAAUUUUCCUGUUCAUUGACAACCUGAACAAGAGACUCGCUCGUGGUAUUAAGGAUCUUGAUGACGUAAGAAGCAGCAUGGCCGCUCUCAGUGAGAUCAGAGAAUCGGAGAUAAGGUUUGUGCUAAAUGUAACUUUGUAUGUUUUCGCCUGCCAUUUUUCGCCAAUUUAAACUUGAAUAAAAUUUGGUCGCUCUAAAGAGAAGAUCAUCGUAAAUGUAUGUUGUUGGUCAAUUAUUUAUCAGGGCGCAGAAAAAACUUAAAUUUUGGAACGUAGCUUUUCUUUAAUUUUAGCUGCAAAUCAUUGCUUCGUUUUCGAGAAAUAGCUCCGAUGUUGAAAAGUACAGCUCUCUGUCUUUGUUCUUGAGAGAAUAGAAGAAAAAGGUAUCUGAUUCAACAUACUUUUUUUGCGCGAACCCAAAGUCUUCUAUUACCCGAAGAACUUCUUCAAGGCAUGGUUGGUCUCAAGGCCCUCAAAGGUAUGGUACAUUAUGGUUUUUGAAAAAGGCUUUUUCUUUCCGUAGGAUCGACAUGACAAUUGGUCCAAUCGAGGAAUCAUUUGCCAUGAUGAAUCGAUAUGGGUUGGUAUAUUCUAGCAGUGAUGCUGAAAGAGUUGACGGUCUUACUUACGCGUGGCGUAAAUUACAUGCACAGGUGAGUGUUACCAAUUUAGAGGGUAUUGCUUUUCCACCGUAAAGGAUGCGUUGUGGCAUGUAAUUAUUAUUUGUUAAGACUUUGGAUGUGACCAUCUAUUCAAGAGAACUAAAUGUUAUAGAAUUUUUAGAGUUUUUAGAGCACAAACACCAGUGCUUCACAUCUGAUCUAACAGAAACGAGUACGGUCAAACUCAAGGUGGAUUUCGUACACAUUUCCUAAGAACUAACUUCUCUUUGUCACUUUUAAUAGGCUGGUACUGUGGCCAGUCACCUGCUGCAGAUCCAACCCACAUUUAAGUCGGAUCUCUUGGAUGGUGUGGAAAAGUUUAAAGCGAUGGUUACUACAUUUGUUCUGGAAUACAACGAAAAGUAAGUGAGACUGGCGGGUAACGGCUCUGUCAUACCGUGAAAUUUUGUCAUCCCGGAGAGGUUUCUUAAUAACUAGCAACCUUUGUAAUUUUUCUUGAAAGGCAACAUUUCCGCAGUCGCUCUGUGGAGUAAAAUUCGCCUACUCUAACAAAAGCUUUGCUAGACAAUUUUUCAUGGAAGGUUUUGUUCAAGAUUUGGCGUUAUUUUUGAAAAAAACGUUUGGCGUUUCAUUGAAAGCGUAAAAUUUAUAUACUGUUGUAUUUUAGAGGCCCCAUGGUUUCUGGGAUUCCACCAAGGGAAGCCAGCGAUCGCCUGGGAAUUUGCCAGGCUCGGUUUGAUGAGCUUUGGAGAAAGUAUGAAACAUACUCGGGUAAGUUCAUAAUUUUUGGAACAGACUUCAAGUGAGAUCUUGGGAAUCAGCUUGAUCUCGCCAGUAAUGACUGAUAGCCGUGUGAUCUUUUUUUUUUCCGCUCAGUAUGUCAUGUACAAUGUGAUCGAACCGCGCUAAAGUAGAAAAAUAGAUUCCAAGUUGUCGUGCGUCUGAAUUGUAACAGAUCACAAAUGACGUUUAAAUGUGGUGAGGACAAAAAAGUGGCACACGAGGCGCAGUCGAGUGCGUCACUGAUGUUCUAUUCGUUUCAUAUGAUAAAGUUGCAAAUGUUGUUAAAGGUGACAGCAUCUAUGCGUCAGUCCUCCAAUGGUUAAAACUAAUCAAAAUGCAUUUAUAAUUCAGCUUUUGAUCUUCAGUUACCUAUCUACCGCGUCUCUAUAGAAUCGCCCAAUGGAAACUUGUUAAUAAAAAUUUUAGGCAGGCGUAACAGUCAGGAGUGCUAAGACUAAGUUUUCCAAAUGAGCAAUUGCUGAAAAGAUAUAUUCUUCUAUCAUGUUUCUGUUGUUGGUGUUUUUUCUUUCUUUUUUUAAUUCCCGAUUUUGAUUUUAUUACAUUCAAGGUGGCGAGGAGCUGUUUGGUCUGACUGUCACCGAGUAUCCGAACUUGCAGAGAAUCCGAAAGGAACUGGGACUACUUCAGAAGCUUUACAGCUUGUACAACGCUGUCAUCGAGAACGUGAACGGCUAUUAUGAUAUCCUGUGGCAAGAAAUUGACAUUGAAAAGAUAAACAACGAACUGCUGGAAUAUCAGAACAGGUAAGCGGUUGAACUCAUGGUUUUUCCAAGAAACUAAUCGUGAAUUAACACUUAUCAUGUUUGAACUCAUCAUUUGUGGCUUUUUAAUACAGGAUUCGUAAACUACCUAAAGCUCUCAAGGAGUGGCAAGCUUUCCUGGAUCUGAAGAAGACCAUUGACGAUUUCAGCGAGUGUUGUCCUCUUCUCGAGAUGAUGGCGCACAAGGCUAUGAAACAAAGACAUUGGGAAAGAAUUUCAACCAUUACUGGUGUCACGCUUGACGUAGAAUCAGAAACGUUCCAGUUGAGACAACUGAUGAGCGCACCUCUGUUACCGAACAAAGAAGACAUUGAGGUAUGUGAGACAUUAGUCCGACACUACAUCACUGGCAAUUGAACUUGAUUUGAGAGAAUUGGUUUGAUUAGUGCGCAAAUUAUCUUGCGAACGAUAUUUAUUCAGAAGCUGCUGCUUCAAAGGUAGGGAAAGUUAGGAAGAGAGACACCUUUUAUUUCUCAAUCAAUUCUGCCCCAAACCUCUUUCGUGCUUUACAACAGAGUGGAGCGUUGUCGAGGCUUCCUCAUCCAUUAAAGUGUUUUCGAGCAAACUGAAACAUAAUUUUAAAAAAUUUCGGCCGAGGUACUUUGUUCUCGUUGCUCCAAACUCAAUCCAAUGAAAUCGUCUUCAAUUUUGUGUUUAGGUGUCCCUCUAAUGGUUGUUAUAACUCCUUUACGGUUUUUUAGCUCUUUACUCACACAGAGCUAUCAACAUUGCUGAUCCUAACUGUAUGCAGGACCACUGUCAUCCACGAGCCUCGUAAAGGCUCACCUUUCUAUAGACUCUCUGUAGCUCAGUGGUAGGGCAUUUGAGCGUAUUUUCGAGGUUCCAACCCACACGGGGACUCGGGUAUUUUUUGUUGUCCCGCAUUCGUGAUAAGGAGAAAAAAAGCCCCUCUCUCUUUUUAUUUCCUACAGGAUGUUUGCAUUGCAGCCGUUAAAGAGCGUGACAUUGACUUUAAGUUGAAGGGUGUGGUGUCUGAAUGGAGCACACAGGUGUUUUCUUUCUCAAACUUCAAAAAUCGUGGCGAGUUGCUUCUCAAAGGAGCCGAGACGUCUGACAUUGUAUCUUUAAUGGAAGACAGUUUGAUGAUCCUUGGCUCUCUUCUGAGCAACAGGUAAGCUACUUUUGUUUUCACUUGAAGGACUGUCUAGGUCAGUAGAGCCAUAGCAGCCAUGGAGAUUAGAGAACGACCCCCAACUACCCUUAGUAAACAGCAACGCACUCUUACGGCCCAGCGACACGAAAUGAAGUUUCGCACGCGCUUCUCCAUUUGUAUUGCGCUAGUGUUUACUAACUGAUGGCUUGGCAAAGGCUUGAAAAGGGUAAGGAAAAAUAAAAAAAGAGAGUAGGAGUUAAGAUGAUAUAUAAAUUACCAUCAUUCUUUAUCUAAUGACCGCACUGGAAAUUCUCAUUUUCCCACUUAGGAAAAUAACAGCGGCGAUUAAAUUUUUCUUUAGUUGUUUGUCUGUUCUCUAAGUAAUAAUUAUGCAUCCCCAUUCCAAAAGACGAUCAAAAGAAAGGUCGAAAACUGAACCACCACCGGAAUUUUUUUGGAUGUUUUAUUUUACCACGUACACAUUUUUACAGCAGUAACAUUUUCCUCCUUACAGGUAUAAUGCUCCGUUCAAAGCUGAAAUCCAGAAGUGGGUGGCAAAACUAACGGGAUCCACGGAGAUUAUCGAGAACUGGCUUGUGGUGCAGAACUUGUGGGUUUACUUAGAGGCAGUGUUUGUUGGUGGGGACAUCGCUAAACAAUUACCUCAGGUUUGUUUUGCUAUCUAUUCUGAGUUCCAGUAUCCAUUUGCCGUUGUACUGCACUCAGAGAGUCAUAAACAUGACGAUGACCCUUUCACUGCCAGGAUCUCAUUAGUAAUUCUCCUUACUGUCUGCCAUACAACUCUUAUGUCUUUACUUCGGAGAAUUGGGUAUUGGAUCAACUAAUAAUCCCCCUAAUGAUAUUUGUUUCUAUAUUGGAUUAGCUAACAAUCCCCUAAUUGAUCUUUUCUUCUAUUCUCAUCACUUGUCUGCUUGAUAUUGUACUGAUAUUGAAAGGAAGAAUUCUGUCUUGAUGACUCAUGCAAGUUAAAGGGUUAAGCCAGACCUCAGUGAACGCCUUGGGUUGGAAGAUCGCCCUUCUGUUUGUCUAACCUGCCACUCCUGUUAAUUAUUUCGAUUGAAAAUCAAUCUUUGGGUUGUGGUUUUAAAGGUGGCCUUGUCCUUGUAGAUCAUAAAACAAGUUAACAAUAACCGGCUAGGAAUGAUUUUAAAAAAAGAUUAUAUAGUCAGUUUCAUUCAGUUCAACAAAGGACCAAAUGUUGAACAGUAGAGGUCUAACGAUCGAAAAUCUUUCCUUAACUCCUCAAUAUUGUCACUACUUCAUGAUUUAUGUGCCGAGAUAAUCGCUCAAAGCUACCUCAUUGCUCUGUUACGUCCCACCCACAGGAAGCGAAACGUUUCAGUCAGAUUGAUAAAUCAUGGGUGAAGAUCAUGAGCCGAGCACACGAGAACUCCAACGUAGUGCAAUGCUGCAUGGGCGAUGACACUCUUGGACAACUGCUUCCUCACAUUCUGGAACAGCUUGAGAUUUGUCAGAAAUCUCUGAGCGGGUAAGGAGAGAGAAAAAGGGUUAUGGUUAGGGGGCUAGAGGGUUUAUUAUAAUUUUGUUGCGAAAGGACUCUCUCUUUCUAUUUGAAGAGGAGAAUAAAUGGCAUUUUGCGUCAGUUUGACCAAUCUCUGAUAUUAACUACCAAGGGACCCGUCCCGUCCUGUAAGUUACCCGUCCCGAAAAGCUGUUUUUAGUAUGCGUUGUUAGCAUUCAAAAUCGAGAUGUGAAUAGUUUAAAAUUUCAGAAAUUGAGAUAUCUAGCAAAGAAACAGAUUGGGUGUGUUCUUGAGCCUCUGUACUAUUUCAUAUAUUUAGAAUUUGGCUUCCGCCCUACAUUAAGUUACUGGGACUUUCGAGAAACGGGCCCAGGUUUCUUUAUGAAGUGCGUGCAAAUACAAAAACCUUCCUUGCACAACUACUGUCUGAAGAUUUACAAAAGUUGUAAACAAACUAAGGGAUAAGUUAGGGAAUAUCUCAUUUAGUUGAACCAGAAGCCAGUGAAACAGUUCAUCAUAAAAUUGAAGUAGAUGAAAAUGAAUUAAUCACCGCAAAAAAUUUGGAAAAUAGAAUGUUCCGCCGGAGAAUGUGGCUUUGUGAAAAUCUCCCAUUAGGAUAAGCCGUGUAUCAGUGAGAUACUUGGGUAGCACAUCCUUGGGAUUCGCUGUAUAUCACGAUCCUUCCUGGUACCUUUAGGACAAAAUGUUGAUAUUAAAGGCAUUUCAUUUUUGAUAACGCAUAGCUACCUUGAAAAGAAACGACUUGUUUUCCCACGUUUCUUCUUCGUGUCUGACCCCGCCCUGUUGGAAAUCUUGGGACAGGCCAGCGACUCUCAUACCAUCCAGGCUCAUCUACUGGGAGUGUUCGACAACGUGAAAACUGUCACGUUCCACGAAAAGGAAUAUGACAAAAUUCUGGCCAUCAACUCGCGCGAAGGGGAGUCUGUUACUUUGGAGAACCCAGUCAUGGCUCAGGUAUGUAACUGUAAAUUUUCAUCCCGGAAUUUAAGCAAAAAAGUGAUUAAAGAGAUCUUUUUGCGCGCUUAUUGGUAACUUUUCUUUGAGUCGUUCGGUGUUAAAAUGAUAUCGAUGUCAAGGUAAUAGUGGCGGGUUCGAGAGAUGUAAAAGACUAUGCCGAACUCUUUGCGUCGUAGCUUAGUUAGUUGAAGCGCCUUACUAAUAUCUGGGAGGCACGGACACGAAUCCCGUCGAAGCCUUAAUUUUUUCAAGCUUUUUUCCUGCUAUUGCUAAAAUUGCGAUCCAUCAGCGAGGAUAAUUUCUUUUGUCUCUCUGUCCGCAGUUCCAGUGAAGUUUAUAUUAUCAGAAGUUGUUAAAACAAAAUCGUUGUAAAUAUUUCUUUAAUGAAAACUGCAUCCUUCGGGAGAAACCUUUGCCUAUGCUGCGCGCUGCAGGACACGUGGGCCAUGCUAAGACUGAAAAGGAGAUGAAAGGCAUCUGUUUUAUGCGUCUCUACAUUUUCACAGGAUUAAGCUCCUUGUCUUUUAAUGUAGAGUUUAUUAUUAUGUAUAUAUCUCUUUAAUUGUAGGGUAACGUGGAAGUGUGGCUAAACACACUGUUGAAAGAAUCAGGGACUUCAUUGCAUUCAGUUAUUCGAACUGCUUCAAUCGCUAUCAGGGAUCCUAGUUUUAAGCUCAAAGAUUUCUUGGAUACUUACCCGGCACAGGUGUGGUACAUUUUUCAGGGAUAUUAGUAUCGGUAAUAACAUGAUUUUGAGUGCAAGUUGGUGUUAAUAAGCACGAGUAAAAUACAAUUUGUAGUCUUUGAAAAAUUUACAAGUGCUUAUUACACCAAAUGAUGAGAGUAAUCAUGUUAAUACUUAAUAAUAAUUUGUAUGAAAAACAUCACAGAAAGGCAAGACAGACGAAAUUUUGAAACGUGCGUGCGCUAUCCGUAAUUUGCACUCGUGUAACAACUUUGCAAUCGUGUUACAUGAGAAUGCACUCGUUUUCAGCUAAUCAGAAGCGCGUAUUUUUUCCACGUACAUUAUUAAGAGACAUAAAGUAAAGUUACUUUGUAUUCAGUGAAAAAUUGAUGAGAAACAGAAACGUUCUAUACUGACACACGAACAACUCACUUUAGCGUUACAACGAUCCUAAUCAUCUAUCAAUUUGUUUCGUUGUGGUUUCAAUUUUAGUGACGCUUGUAGUUGGCAGACAUGUUUUGUCCCCUGUUCGUUAUGGUGUGACUGUCUUGAUUCAUUCUUUUUAACGGUUGGAUCGACAUAGUAAUUGUCAAAUUCUUGACUAUAGUGUUUUUAUCUGUUUAUUGUUUAUUAAAUUUGGCGCAGCGAGCGAUGGCUCAGGGUUUCGCUGCGAAUCAUUUAGUGCUGAUUGUAAUUAUUAUACGAUUGUUUAGGUCGGUUUGCUUGGAAUCCAGAUGAUUUGGACCAGAGAUGCUGAAGACUCUUUGACUUAUGCUAAGUCCAACAAAAAGGUGAGAACUAUGCAGUGUAUGGGCGUCAUGUACUAAAUUGAGCACUGAUGUUGUUAUUUUUCACGGCAUCUCGGUCAUCGCAGUGUUGCAACGACCAAAAAUUAUUUUUAUAAGUAAUUUUUCUAUUAAGGGUAUCAAACUUUUACCCAUUUGAAAAGUCUAAGCACAUCAUUUUAUUAAAAAAACCACAACGUAAAAGUUUUUAUUUCCCAGAUACGCGAGAAUUAUCAGUUACACAAGCGGAUUAUUGAUUUUUUUAAAAAAUAUAUCUUCAUAGGGCAUUCCCUUAACAACGCCUUUUGUGUAGUUUUAUAAAAGUAAAUCCAGUUACUUGUGUCAUGUAUCAGCCGCUGUGUUUUUUUCGUAGAUCAUGGAUGAAAGAAACCAGUUUUUCCUGAACAUGUUGAACGAGUUGAUCGAGGUAACCACGCAGGAACUGACCAAAGUGGAACGUGUCAAGUUUGAAACUCUCGUCACCAUUCAUGUACAUCAAAGGGACAUUUUUGAUGAAUUGGUAAGUAUGAAUUCAUUAGUUGAUUUUUAUAAAUUGAUUUGUAAGGAUAUAAUUAAUAUCCAGAUUAAAACGCAGCUGUAGAAUAUGGGAAACGUUUCGAUUGAAAAAAGUUACAAACUAUCAUUAACGUGGUGAACAAGACCGAAAAAGGUAAUUUCCUCAAUUCUUUGAAACUUAUUAAAUUAGAAAAAAAAAGGAAAAUUGAAAGAAAAUCUUAUACCCCCAAAAAAGUCGUCAAAUGGUUCGCCACGUUAUUAGCUUGUGAGUUUACGAGUGGAGUCAACCAUAUAUGGAUUAGUGUCCUUCGACGGUUUUUUGUUGGAUGGUCAAGUCACACAGUGUGUUUUGUAGCUCAACCCGUUUCUCUCUGAGAUAGCGUGCUGUGUAGUAAAACCGAACAACAGCUGCGAAGAAGUCUUUAUCAAGAUGUAUAUGAUUUAUUUCCAUUCCAUCAAUUUGUCACUAGUGCCGCAAGAAUAUCAAGGUACCGACAGAUUUUGAAUGGCUGAAACAGUCACGCUUCUACUUCCGUGAGGAGACUGAUGAGUGUGUGGUGUCUAUUACUGAUGUGGAUUUUGUUUAUCAAAAUGAAUUCUUGGGAUGUACCGACAGGCUUGUCAUUACGCCUUUGACUGACAGGUAAGUAUAUAUAUGUUUUUUUUUUCAAAGAAUCUUUGCACCGUUUUCCAUCGCUGUCUCUUUUUUUUUUUUUCGCUCUGACAAAUUAUUGAUCGCUCACGAGAUUUGAAAAAAUAAUGUUUGCAAGAAACUAAAGCACUGGUUUAUCGAUGUCGGGCCUGUGGUGUGAUGGUCAGCGGAUAGACUCCAAAUCGCGGGAAGGUGCGAGCUGUGGGUAUGGUUAUCUUCGGGUCAAGUAGUCUUGCUCUUCGUGGGAAAGCGGUGGCCAAGCGCUUUAAUCAAUUACAAAAGAGAAUUUCUUGACGAUCUUUCCAGUUACUCGUAAACAAAUAAUGACCUUUACCGAGCUCAAAACUUACCAUCUCUCUCAAUCUAUUUGCAAAAAUAACCUUGGUUGUUCAGCAAAGUGUUGUAUGUCGUUCGCGAACGUUUUUUUGUCUCUACCUUAGGUGUUAUAUCACUCUGGCCCAGGCCCUCGGAAUGUCAAUGGGUGGUGCCCCUGCAGGGCCGGCGGGUACUGGAAAGACAGAGACAACCAAGGUGAGACCUAAAAGAGGAUAUUGUUUUUUCAUUGGCUCAUGAAGAAAGUUUAAAAGUUAGUAAUUAGGAAUGUCAGCGUCAUUGAACAAUUGUACCUGAUAUUUGUUCUAGGACAUGGGCAAAGCUUUGGGUAAAUUUGUAGUCGUUUUCAACUGCUCGGAUCAGAUGGACUACCGUGGUCUGGGUCGAAUCUACAAAGGUACGUUUAUUCUUGUCUGUUGCUCAGUUUAAGAAUGACGUUUGAGGUGAACAGCAAAUAGCGAAAAUGAAUUCUGAUUUCGUUCACUUUUACUCUAAUGUUUAAAUCUAUCCGGUAGAAAAAAUUAGAGUUUUUUAUUUGCUCAUGUAAUGGAAAUAUUCAACUUACGGGUGAGAUAUACUGCAAGAAUUAACGCAAUAAGUUCAAUUUUGGUUUUGCCGUUUGCAAUCAUACUUAUCCUCUUGAUAUUGUUUUUUUGGAUCGAUAUCAGUAUCUGGGCAACUGCCCACCUACCCCUCCCCUAACUCAACAAGAGUCAAUUGAUAACAAGUUAGGGUUAAUGUUGAGUUAGGGGAGAGGUAGGUGGGCAGUUGCCUAGAUACUGAUAUUGAUCCGUUUUUUUUUUUAUUUAUUCUCACAGUGACGUUUCAUGCACCUCGAAAAAUGUAGGCUAAAUUUUCAAGUUUGUUAUUUAUAUAAUCGGCAUUAUUUAUCGAGACUGGCCUAGUUCAGCUUCAUGCUGGUUUAGGGCCAUUUAGGGCGCAAGUUGACGUGAUUUGGGUUAAAUAACUGAUGUUUUUCUUCAUUCUAUCAGGUUUGGCGCAGUCUGGAAGCUGGGGCUGUUUCGACGAGUUCAAUCGCAUCGAGCUACCUGUACUGUCCGUGGCCGCUCAACAAAUUCACGUUGUGCUCACGUGCAAGAAAGAGAGGAAGAAGAUGUUUAUUUUCACGGAUGGCGAUGAAGUUGAUAUGGAUCCAGAGUUCGGUAUCUUUUUGACCAUGGUAAGUGUGAGGACAGUAUACAACCAUAUCGAGUAAAAAUGUUUGGGAUAUUUCCAUAAAAUGAUGAAAAAAUUAAAAUUUGUCAUUGAUCCAAAUUAUCGUUCAUUCUUUAGUGUUCCUUCUCCUAAACUUUCCCCGCCCCCUUUCCUAGAAAUAAUAUGUGAGCACGCUAGCUACUGAUUGCCCAUAGAUGAGAGCAAGAUUUUGAUUGGGAUAUGGUUUGGAGGGAAACAUGAUGAAACAUGAUAGAAUUUGUACUGAAGAUAUCCUCUCAAAUGUAUCGUGUAGCGUUUUUCUUGCUUAAUUUAUGGGUCAUGCUAGGAAUAUCUCUUGGUCAAAUAUCAUAUUUUGGUUUGGCAGCUAGCAACGUUUAUGACCAAAACUGCAGGUCAUUUGUUUUUCUGGCACAGCAGAUAAUAGUAAUUUUCUAACUGUUUGAAUAGAACCCAGGCUAUGCCGGGCGCCAAGAGCUGCCAGAAAAUUUGAAGAUCAUGUUCCGCACAGUAGCGAUGAUGGUACCUGACAGACAGAUCAUUAUCCGUGUCAAGCUUGCUGCCAGUGGUUUUAUCAGAAAUAUCAACUUAUCCCAGAAAUUCUUCACUUUGUAUAAACUGUGCGAGGAACAGCUCACCAAACAGGUUUGUCUGAUGUUUCUUUUUUACUGUUUCAAUGGAGUUUUGCAUUGUUUGGCUAACAGGCUGGUGAUAUCUACCAACACAAAAGGAGUGUAAGACUUUUCGUUACUAAGAUCGCAGUUAUUGAACAAAAUCAUCUGUUAACUUUCUAUUUAACUUUUAACUUGCGUGGACUUAAAAUGUACAGGUACUUCGAGCAAGAUACACUUUGAGAAAUAUUUUAAACAUAACUUGUCACUUCUGAAUUUGUUGCUCUUAACCUCAGGUGCAUUACGAUUUUGGUCUUCGGAACAUUUUGUCUGUGCUCAGGACUCUUGGAGCGGUGAAAAGAGCCAAUCCUGAGGUAACGUGCUUUUCACUUCUAUUUCUUUUGUCAUCAUUCAAUUGGUCGAUUCUCAAGAAUAUGCAUGCUUCGAUAUUUACUUAGGUUGGUUAUCCUGUGUACCUAGCAAAAGCUUGGACAAGUGCGUGGAUCCCUAGGGCGCGUUUCUUGCGUGAGUGUUUUAGAGGAGCAGGUUGGGCGUGGACCCUCGCGAGGAAAAAUGCUUUCUUGCGCGUGUCAUACUCGCACCAUGGUCAAACUUAAUGACUUUUGUCGUCGGCUGCGAAUUUGCCUAUCGCAUUAGUUUUAUUAACUCGCCUUUUUUCCUCUACUACUACUGUCAUUGAGUAUCACCCUCGAAUAAGGCCUCUUUGUAUUAAACUCUCCUUGAUAGCAGCUCUUUAAACUUUGGUCUGUCUUGACCUCAUAUUCUGCAAUUAAAAUCCAUUAGUUUUUUGUUUCUCUUCUUCUUACGAAAGCAAUUUAUACUGAUAGUGCUGUUUUCCUCCGUUAACAGGAUAGUGAAGAUCGUAUUGUGAUGCGAGUGUUGCGUGACAUGAACUUGAGCAAGCUGGUCGACGAAGAUGAACCACUGUUCAUGAGUUUGAUUGACGACUUGUUCCCAGGCCUUACUCUAGACAAAGCGGGAUACCCGGAUAUUGAACAAGCCAUUGCUGACGCUGUCGAGGAAGUUAAACUUGUCAAUCACGCACCAUGGACACUCAAACUGAUUCAGGUUUUACAUUUUUUCUAUAAUGAUACUUCAGUAAACAAUUUUUCAUGUGAUCAAAGUAGCGGAAACAUGGAGAAUUACUGACCUGAAUUGCAAACAACGUAAUAAAAACUUUAUAUUGAAUUUUUGAAAUCCACCAACGAUUUCGUGGUUCAUUUAAAGUGGAGGAUUUAUAGGUGCUGAAACAAUUUUUACUUGGAAAUACCCUCGGAGUUGGCUUAACACAGCACCAUAUGAUACUUUUUCUUAGUAGUACUUAACAAUGUUACGUGGAGUUAACUGUGUCCUUCUGCUCACCAGCUUUAUGAAACUCAGCGCGUCCGUCAUGGUAUGAUGGCCCUGGGUCCCAGUGGUGCUGGAAAGACCAAAUGUAUAAACAUUCUGAUGAAAGCCAUGACACAGUGUGGUGCACCGCACAAAGAGUACCGCAUGAAUCCUAAGGUAACAAGACAGCUACGUUCUGCUCACUGAUUUAUCAUGUUCACUAAAAAUUUUUUUAGACAUUCGUUACUGGCGAGUGUCACUGAGGAGGAUUGUGAGAAACAGGAUCCUUGCCCUGCCUGGUUAACGGUCGAGCUCUCACAGUCUGACGAUUUACCUGGUUCGUGUGCGUCACAGGACCUGGGUUUUGCUGAAUGAACAUAGAGGUUCAUGCAUUUCUUUUAACACUAAGAGGACCAAGAAGCUGUUGUUGGCAAGAAUGUUUGAGUACUAUUGUUGACAUCGGAGAAAUUUGACGUUUCGUCAAAUGUAGCGCUUACGGUCAUGUGUAACGUUUAUUUUUCUCAUCAGGCAAUCACUGCUCCUCAAAUGUUUGGUCGACUGGAUGUCUCCACCAAUGAUUGGACCGACGGAAUCUUUUCCACGCUUUGGAGACGAACCCUAAGGGCAAAGAAAGUAAGUAUUUAUGCAAAAAGUGGAGUUUUUUGUCUAGCAUGAUCUGGAGUGAUUAAAACCUCAGACUUUUCUCUUAAACUGUAAAGCGCUGUUGAAUGCUGUACAAAAUGCCACACAGGAAAUCAUGCUUCGAACGUCUGUUACACUAUUUGAUUCCUCAUCCCGGACUUCAGUUUACUCACUUGUCGUCUUGUCAACUUGGGUUUUCAAACCAUAUAUAAACUGCAAACAAAAGCUACCCUAAGCGUGCCGUUGGAACAUCUGUUCGCUAAACCUACCGAAAUGGCAAUCUUUCCUAAGAUGAUGUUGCAAACCAUCGAUAGUCUAAUUAACUUGAGUUUUUUUUUUUCUACUUUUUAAAGAUAUGUUUACCUCCACGAUAAAAAAAGGAAAUACUAUUUAGAGGAGAACGUAAUGUUUCCUUUUAACGUUCAAAUAUCACUGUGCCUUUUUUUUUUUGCUAGGGAGAGCAUAUAUGGAUUGUUUUAGACGGUCCUGUGGACGCUAUCUGGAUUGAAAAUCUGAACAGUGUGUUGGAUGACAACAAAACACUAACCCUGGCUAAUGGUGAUCGAAUUCCAAUGGCGCCAAACUGCAAGGUUGUGUUUGAACCCCAUAACAUUGACAACGCUUCACCUGCCACGGUUUCAAGGUAAAACAACAAUCCGCUUUCGGGAAAUUUACUGUAAUGAGAAGUUAGUAGCUUUUGUGACAUUUUUUAUUCGAGCGCUUUUCGACUGAGUGUCGCAAAAACAAAACCAAAGCAAUCAAAACGGCCAAUCAGAAUAAAAGAAAUAUCACAAGCAACCGCCAAGGGCUUCAAAUGAAGAGGAGAAACUUCCUGAAGUGAGGGAAAAUGCUCGGGACUAAGUUGCGAUUUGUCUUAAUUUUCAUCUGAUUUUCCCCGGGAGGAGGCGUGAAUUUCCACGCUAAUUACAGAGCGUAGAAGAGCGCUUUUCGAUCGAGUGCCGUAAAACCAAACCCAAAAUCAUCACAACGGCCAUCAGAAGUAAGGAAAUUACCUUUUAGAGCCCAUGAGAAUUCAGAAUAAAAACAACCAAACUGCCCAAAGCGUAGGAAGUUAAAUGCAAGCGAUAAAGUCGUGAUUGGUUCUAGGCUUGCCACUUGUUGAGUGAGAGAGUGGUGCGAGUUUUCUGGACCAAUCACAGAUCGAAGUUAAGCAAAACCAAUACCGUGCCGGAUUAUUUUCAACACUCUACUGAAAAUUACUCUAAAACAAACCCCCAUGUAAUCGCGAAUUACUUUCGACGCUCAGUUUGAGAUUGCUUUGUAAUUGCAUUACGUUAUCAACAAUUCCAUCAUUCUUACAUUCUCUUGUACAGAAAUGGUAUGGUUUAUAUGAGUUCAUCUGCGCUGGAUUGGAGACCUAUUUUACAGGUUAGCUGUGUAGUUUAAUCUCUUUUAACACUACGUUUUGACUUUAUUUAUUUAUCAUAAGACGUUUUUAGUGAUUCGGAACUCUUCUAAGUUGAUCGUAACUCUGAUUUUUCAUUACUAGGGAUGGUUAAACACACGUCCUCAACUCGAGGCUGAUGUCCUCUUCUCUCUGUUUGAGAGUGUGUUCGAUGAACUGAGGACAUUUGUUAUUCAGAAUUGUGUGCCAAAGAUGGAGGUAAGUAACACUUCAGUUUCUGUGCGUAAAGCGCUUGAUUUACAGUGUUUAAAAUUACGGGUAGACCUUUUUGCUUCGCAAGGUUCGAUCACAUUCACCACUUUGCCUCAUCGUGGGGUGGGAAAAGAAAUUUGCCCAAGCAAAUGGCUAGUAUAACCUCAGCCAAAGUAAGUCAUCUAUUCCCUCUCGUCUAUUUAUUUAUUAAUUUUUUAUACAGGUACUUGAGUGUAACAACAUCGUUCAAGCCAUGAACAUUCUUGAAGGUUUGAUUCCGGGCGAGGAUGCCCCAAAACAAGUCGAUGCGAGCCAUUUGGAAAAAUUGUUUGUGUUUUCUCUCAUGUGGAGUGUCGGAGCUCUGCUUGAGCUUGAAGAUCGUAAGAAGGUAACGGAGUGCAACGAGUUUAAAUGAUUUAGCAUAACACUUUCCCCUAUUUAUAAUUUUCGAAAGAUAUAUCUUCUUGACAAAUGUUUCAAUACUGCAGAAUUAUAGCAUUGUCGUUCCCGACGUUGUAAGCUACUGAAUGUUUGCAUUCCUCGAAUUCUUAGCAUUCUACAAUUGGUAUUCCGCAUUAAGGUCAGCUUCAAAUAACUGAGAUCCUAAUCAGCUUUAAAAGGAACGAAGUUUUAAGAAUGCGGUUCGCUAUACACUAGAAAAGAUACGAGAGAGGAACGAGUGUGGCUACAUUUUGAGAUGUUUAAAUACAGAUGGAAAACCAAAACACUGUAUGCCUUGGGGUUCAAAGGUUUUUCUUCUAUGCAAGUGCUAAUUUCUGCGAAAAAGGUUUUCAGUUCUUGAGCUCAUCAGCUUCUUGUGUCAGCUAAUUAGUUUCUCUGGUGUCAUUCACACUGAAGGACAUAAUUGAGAUUUGAUGUUUAUAGUUCUCUAUUUCUUUCCGUAGAUGGAAGGAUUUUUGAGUGGAAAAGGUGGCCUCAAUUUACCUCCAGUUGAAGGACAAGACACAAUUUUUGAAUAUCUGGUGAACGAGCAAGGAGAAUGGGAACAUUGGUCACAAAGGGUCAGUUUUUUCAACCACAUAUCACGAAUCCUAACAUUUUCCUGUUGUGUCAUUGGCGUCAACAGGUCACGUGACACACAAAGCUUAAACAUGUUUAAAAUCUGUUUUGAUAAGCAGAUUUAAUAAGACUAGCCGUUCACACUGCGGGCGCGUUUAAUCAAAACACGUCUAAAACCGUGUUUAACAAAACUACCUCGCGAGGUACUUUAACAAUCGUGUUUUAACUUUUUUUAAAUGGCGGAAGAAACUAAAACGCGCGGAAGAGUUUGGGUGCACAAAGAAACCCUCCUGUUACUUGAAAAGUAGGGAGACGAGAAUAUCCAGCUCCAGCUAAAAUCAUUCAUAAGAAAAAAGCCUAUAUGGCUAGAAAUUGCGGCAUAUCUUCGAGCUGCAGGCUAUGAAGACAGAGACGACGGCAGCUGCAAGACACGAAUUCACACUCUGAUAAGCGCCUAUAGAAGCUACAAGGACGAAUGCGCCAAGACGGGAAAUGCCACACCAAAGAAGAAGCCGGCUUUCUUCUCUCCGUAUUUACCAAAACAAAAGCACAGUAUUUCGCCCAUCAGCUCAGCACAGUAUUUCGCCCAUCAGCUCAGCGAGGCAGCUCUUGUUGUUCGGUGUGAACGGGUUGAUCAGUUAACCAUGUUUAAUUAAGCAUGGUUUCAUUAAACUUUGUUUAAUUAAACAUGUUUUGAUGGUGUGAACGGGGUAUAAGACUGUGAAGUAUCAAGUCUUAUGCACCUCAUUUAUCAGUGUUCAAAAUUACCGUGUAACGUUCGCAAGCUUAGUUGUUAAGCCUGUUUUCAUUUCCAGACAUUUGUGUUCAAUUUGUACGGCUCAAUGGACGAUCAGAUUAUCAUUGCAUUUCAUGCAAACACAACCUUGCCCUCUUUUACGUACCGAUUUCAAGUUCUCCAGUGAAACUUCUCCUAGCGAGAAUAUGGGCAGGAGAGUAUACUGGAUAGCCUCUACUCGACCUUUUUCGCUUCUUCGUUAUCAGUUACUUGUCCUGUUGCAUUGCCCUCGAAAGAAUAUUUUUUUCACCAGCGCGGUAAUUUUAUUUCUUCCCAAGUUAUGACUUACUGCUAUGAUUCUUUUGUAGGUUCCUGUCUAUGAAUAUCCGAAGACUACCAUACCAGAGUACGCUUCUAUUUUGGUUCCUAAUGUGGAUAACACUCGAACUGACUACCUUAUCCACGCUUUGGCCAAACAGGGCAAGGUAACUAUACUUCAGUUUCGAUUUUCGAUAUAAACAUUUAUUUUGUUAGUAUCGUUUAUAUUCCUAUUAACAGGAGUUAGAUUGUCAGAAUAGUCCACGGAUCCAGCUGUUGUCCAGGGUAUUAAUUAGGCACCAGAGAUUGGACAACUCUUAAAGUUUCGAUGGCCUGAGCUUUUUUUUUUAUUCAUACAUGGAGAACAUAAUCCCCUUUUUUACACUAUUCUUCUGCUACUAAAUUUCUUCAUCAACGUCCUUGAUAGAGAAAGACAUGACACUUUUCUCUGGGUAGAAGAAUUAGUUGGGCCUUAUACUAGAAAAAUUACUAUAUUUGGCGUCUAACGUUCUGUAUUCCGGUAGUUUAUUCGUGGUUCUUUAUAUCGUUUACUAGACACGAAGGUCGAAAGUCGACUUGUCCAUGUGCAGGACCAUAACUUAUCCUUGUACUGUUCUAUUUCGUAGGCCAUUGACUAAAUUUGAGAUAUAAAACAUCUAUUUUUUUUUAAUCCUCUUAGGCUGUGCUAUUGAUCGGUGAACAGGGCUCAGCUAAGACAGUUAUGAUGAAGGGUUACUGUAACAAAUAUGACCCAGAACAACAGCUCUUCAAAUCACUCAAUUUCUCCUCUGCAACGACACCCAAUAUGUUCCAGGUAAGUUUUGUUUUGUGUUGUUGAGUGGCCAUAUAUGACCAGCCAAAUAGUCAUACAUCACUAUCACUGUAGAAUGGAUUUCUGAAAGUGACCAUAUCUGACAGCAACAAAACUGUUACUGCUUUUUCAAUUUUAUGUGCAAGAUGAAUUUGAAUUUUCACUUUGGUUCCCAGAUCGGCUCAGUCCUUGGAUCGCCUUUACGACAGGCGGUCAGCGCUGAACUACGACUCGGAGUUAAUUUGGGAUUGAUUUCUAGUCAAUUUUGUGGGUGUGUCUGGCGUAAAAAUGUGUGUAAGGUUGUAGAACGAGGUUAAUGUAUUAUUAUCUCUAAAACACUAUUCUUGGGUCAACUCAAUCGUGUUUUGAUCUGAGCUACCCGGUGUUUAACGAAAGAAAGGAAUACAUCUUCUUUUCCCGUCAUCUUUGAAUUAUUUCGUGAUUUUUUUUUAGCUACAUUUAUAUUUCCCUGUAAAAUAGAGCACUCGUUAUCUGCAUCGUAAACGUGCCCCAGACAGGAACGUAUUUUGGCAACGGUUUUUGUCUCUUGAUUGACUUUAGCGAACUAUCGAGAGCUACGUGGACAAACGAAUGGGAACAACUUACGGCCCUCCAGCAGGAAAGAAAAUGACAGUGUUUGUUGAUGACAUCAACAUGCCAAUCAUUAACGAGUGGGGAGACCAGGUAACCUACUUUUACUCUCUUUUAGAAUCAGGAGUGUUUGUCUAAAUUGAGAAAGGUGGUCUCCUAUCUCCUUAAAAUCUUGCUGUUGAAAAUCGUCAUGUAUAAAAAUCAACGAGGGGUCAUCUGUCUGUUUAUCCAUCACGAGAUGCGAGGGGAUGAGGAUAUAGAUGCGGAAUGAAUUUAUUUAAUUCUCAGUUGCAUUUAUGGACAAUUUAGUGCUGAUGGAACAUAAUUUUUGUCAAUGUAAACAGGAACUUUAAGAUUUAACCAUUUCCUCUGUUACCAAGUUUUUGUUAAGCUGAAACAAUUGAAUACCUUGUUAUUUAGCUCUAGAAAUCAGACAGCGACUAGUGCUUUCUGUUACCUCUUUAUCUGCUUAAUUCAUGAGGUUUUGGCUGAUCAAGUUUUACGAUUUCAGAUUACCAAUGAAAUCGUUCGACAAGUAAUGGAGAUGAAAGGUUUUUACAGUCUUGACAAACCCGGUGAUUUCACCAGCAUAGUUGACAUUCAGUUCGUGGCAGCUAUGAUUCAACCAGGAGGAGGCCGCAAUGACAUUCCAAGCCGCCUGAAACGUCAGUUUACCAUCUUGAACUGUACACUGCCCGCAAAUGCUUCGAUCGACAAGAUCUUCAGUUCCAUCGGUAGUGGCUACUUUAACACCGAGCGGGGAUUCCCUGCAGAGCUGCAGAAGAUGGUUAAUCCUUUGGUGUCAAGCACGAGGAAGCUUUGGCAGAAAACGAAGAUUAAAAUGCUUCCCACGCCAGCCAAGUUUCACUACAUCUUCAAUCUGCGAGAUCUCAGUAGAAUUUGGCAGGUAUGAGUUAAACAAGUGAAUUCUUGUUUUACGAGUUUCGCAGUUUUCCCAUCACGCCCGGUGUGAAAAUACGUGCGUCAGACUUGCAAACAAUACAGGCGCCAGUAACACAAUAAGUUAACGUACUUUUUGUUUAACCGUACCUUUUUGUUUGCCAAAUGAUUGGUUGAAAAGGGAACUUGAAUCAAGCAGUCGUUCGUCGGUUCGAACCCCUGUUUUUAGGACUGUGAGUCAAUCAGCCACUCAAUCAAUGAACAAUGCACUGAGGCAUGGAAGCAAUCAAGCAAUCAAGUGUUAUACCAGGCAAUUAAUCAUUUAAUUAAUUAACUGACUUUUUUCAUUGAUUUUUUUUGAACAGGGCAUGCUUACUGUGACAUCUGAGGUAGCGACCACUCCCACAAUUUUUCUUAACCUUUGGAAGCACGAGUGUAACAGAGUCAUUGCCGACCGCUUCACGAAUCAGCAGGAUAAAGAUUGGUUCGAAAAGGCCAUCAAACAGGUUGUGGAAGAAGACUUUGAUGCUGAGACUAGCGGCCUGUUGGAGGCAGAACCUUAUUUUGUGGAUUUCAUGCGAGAUGCCCCAGAACCAACUGGUAAGGAAAUAUGUGCAAGCAAUCCCAGACAAUUACUAACAUCUCCAAAGUGUAAAACACUAUUUAAGUCUUGGUUCCAGCAACAGUGACAACAAAUUUUGGCCCGGUCUAUACGAUUUCCAUCAGUACAACCACUUUUCCUUUGCAAAAUAAUGGCUACAUAAUAAAUAGGGACGACUUCUUAGCAUUCUUAAUGGCGCCCCAGGUGUGGGACUGUGGUGAGUGGGACUAACGUUUAUCCACCUGCAAUUUGUAUUGGUAAUCGCUUGUCAAUGAAUUUGAUGUCAACUUUUUGUACUCAAUUUCAACUUUCAGCACUGUUUGGGAUAAAUUGACGUGUUUUCGACAAAUGAGCAUGCUGAAGUUUUCGCAUGUGAUCCAAAGUUUUCCUACCAAUCUCUCUUCUUUAUUCUUCCUUUUUGAAUUUUCCUUAUGACCAGUUGGUUGUGUAAGUUGAUCUAAAACCGUGUGAUCUAGCUUCCUUGUAGAUGGAGCAAGGAAUAAGAACUGUGAGUUAGUAUACUUCCAGGUGGAACCUGGCUAGAGUCUGCAUUUACCUAACUUCCCAUCAAACCCAUUCCAGAUAGAAAAUGGGCCACCUCAAAUGUUUUUCUAUACUAAAAAUGAUAGCUUACUGAAUGGAAGGCUUCUGCUGAUAGAAAGCGACAGUUUUUUAAUUGACUUCCCUGCAAUAAUCGUUGCCCUGAUGUCUUAGUUUACCUUUUCCUCUCCUGAACCUUAAUUUUCUCAAACUUUUUACUCGAUUUGCAUGUAUCUCUACAAUGAAGUGUUCCUUAUUUGUACUUUAAUCUUUAGCUAGUGUUCUUUAACUCAAAGGCUCCCUUAUUUCCCCUCUCUCUCAAGUCACUUUCAAUACCGGGAUUCUAAUCUGUUGUCUUGACUUGCUUGCAAGUUUCUUCAUUUUCGUUGUUGCCAGGCUUUGUCUCUUCAAUCUUAUCUGCUCUUCAGCUUUGAUUGUAACAGAUAACAAGAAUAAAAAGGAAGGCAAAGCUGGGAAACUCAAAGGUUCGAAGAGUUCAUCAACAGGUGGACCUUCUGUUGGGCCUAAGGGCUCAGGUAUAACUGUUACACUUAUUUUUAUCCCUCUUCUUUCUGUAUUCCUCCCUCUGUUUUCUUUAUUCCAGACGAGAACUGGAAACCGUUUCCAAGUCCAUUUCUGAGGAAUUCUUCGGUUUUUUCCAAUCCCACCUAUCCCUUGUAAAAGUUUCUCUUCCAGUUUUGACGCACAGCUGUACCUUCUUAAAGCAAGUCAGGAUUCUGUAGUGAAUCUACCUACUCUUUAUAGAGUAGUAUUUCUUUCUCGAUGGUCGUUCUUUUAAGUAUUCUUUAGGAGAGCAACACUCGGUGCUCUUCAGCAAAUUAUUCAUCGAAGAUGUCUCAUUCUAACAUCAGUAUGCAUAUUCUCUGUAUAGUUCUCUAAAUUCUAAGCUGCUGAUAAGGAGAAUUUGUUGAACAAUCAAGUGCUUGAGUUUGUGAUCAUUUCCUCUAUUCUCAUGACCUUAAUGUUUGAUUCAGGGAUGAUACUGUUGGGAGAAGUUAGAAGCUUAUCACUCUAAACUUGGACUUGUUAUUUCUACUCUUCUGCUUUUGUUGCGGAGAUUAUUGGCUCAUCUUCACUUUUCUUCCUCAAAAUUUAAAACAAGAUUGCUUGACUCCAGUUUUCUCUGUCCUCGAAACGAUACAAAUGAAAUUCUUUACCCUGUAUUGGUUACCUUUCAAUUGACAGUUGGAAUAAAUUCUUAAAUCUUCUAACUCUCUCAUGUCUGCCAUUUUUAUCUUUUUAUUUACCGUUUACAUGAAAUUGGAAACAAGAUUUGCUCUCGUCAUCUUUCACCAGUCUGAUCCAGGUUUUUCUGCUCGAAAAGGACAUUAAGAACUCGAUAUAUUGAUUUAUGUAGCUAGCUUAGAAUGCCUCAGGUUUACCAUAGUAUGGAAGGAGUUUUUAUAUUUUAGUGUGCUGUGAUUCGCGAGUGAAUUCAAAAUAAAAUUGAACUAAAGUAAUAACAACGGUCUUUGCAAAACAACGAAAAAACGUCAAAACGUGUAUAUUGCCUCAAGCGCGAAAAAAGUGAGCGACCAUUCGCGCUAGUCUGGUAUCUGACUAGUUAAGAGGGUUGUGUGAAUUUCCUGGACCAAUAAGAAAGUACUGAAGUAAAACCAAUGCAAUAUUUAAUUACGCUCGACUCUCAAUUGAAUAUUGUUCCUCUAAACCUGUUUAAACUGCUGUAGGUGACGAGCCAGAGGAUGCAGACCUUGAAGCACCAAAAGUGUAUGAACAUAUCGGGACAUUGGAAACUCUCAAGGAGCGACUAGGAACAUUCAUGAUCGCCUAUAAUGAAGUGGUUCGUGGAGGCAAUAUGGAUCUUGUCUUCUUCAAGGUACAAAGCUCGGGUACUUGGAUUUAACACAACAAUAUUCAGCGGUAUUUCGCCGACGUCUCUUCAGCAUUCCAGACCACAUGUUAGCUGAUUUUUAGAGAGUAAUCGGCGCGUGUCAAAAGGAACAGUGCUGAAUGUGUUGAGUAAAAUAAGACGCAGUUUGAGAAAAAACACACGAACCUUGUCCGCGUAAGAAAGCAUAUCUUUCAGGGUGAAAUUUAAUGACUUCUGAUGAUUCUUUCUUUUGUUGGGUAAAUUUUGUUCAUUGGGUGUUCGAGGCAGUGCAGCAAGCUCUCGAAUCGUGAUACUGUUAAGUUGUUAGUAUCGAGUCGUCCUCAAGCUGUUUAAUCGCCUUCUUUAGCAAUUAUCGUAUUUAUUUUACUUCAGCCGUUGAAUUUCUGAGUGUUCAAUUUUCACUUAAGAUUCUCAUUAUUUUCUUCAGGAUGCCAUGGUACACCUUAUCAAGAUUUCACGUAUCAUUCGCACCCCUCGUGGUAACGCCUUGCUGGUGGGUGUCGGAGGUUCAGGAAAACAAAGUUUGACGCGACUCGCUUCAUUCAUCGCUGGAUACCAGAUCUUUCAGAUCACCUUGACAAGGUAAUACACUUUCGCAUGAAAUAAAACAUGCAGCUCUCCUAGAAGCGACUGAUGAUCGAUUUUUUCCAAUAGAACUGCGCCAAAUGGUGGAUUAUUCUAAUGUGUAUAACUCCAGAAAGAAAGCUUCAUUAAGCUUCUUGUCUCGUAUAUUGUCAGUGUAACGAAACAUUCCACAACCCCGACUAAAUUUGUAAUAAAAUAUUUGUUGCUGAUCAAGAUUGAAGAAAAUAUCUAACCUUUCUACAAGCUAACAAUCUACCCACAAUUUCGGACAUAACUCUUUUACGACAAGACGUCAAGCGUUUGUUUACUGAAACCUCCUAUAUCUUUUGUAAGACUUUUCUUCUAACUCUACGGGUCGGUCUAUAACUGGUUCCUCAGGCUAUUGCCCCACAGUAAUGAUAUGAUAUUUACAUCGUAAAAUAGGUUGUGGUUUGUCAUCGUGGUAAGUAACACUUUCAAAAUAGAAAUAUGAUCGUUUGUCUCACGAUGUGGACACCUUCGGAUGUUGAUCGCGACUCCUCAUCGAAAUGACCAGAUCGUGAGACAAACGAUUAUAUUUCUCUUUUAAAAGAGAUAUUUACACUUUUGAGAUCUGAAGUUUUCUUGCCCUCCUCUGGAUAGUGCGCACUUAUGUACCCAAAACAAAGUAAGUUGUAAGUAAUCUCUGUAUAAUUAAAGUCUUCUUUCUGUAGGUCCUACAAUGUCUCAAACUUGAUGGAUGAUCUUAAAGUACUGUACAGGACUGCUGGACAUCAGGGAAAAGGAAUUACUUUUAUAUUCACAGACAACGAAAUAAAAGACGAAGGAUUUUUGGAAUACAUGAAUAACGUGAUAGCGUCAGGAGAGGUUCGUAUUCCAUCAGGAGAUAGCGUUGGGAAAACUUCGCUUUGAAUUUCAAGGUGCCCCUCGACGAAACCUUUUCAGUGGUGAAUAUUUGAUGCACUGUCCGUUCCGAAAGACGUUUAGCUCUCGCAAAACGUUGUUAAGACCGAUUGUCAAUAAUAAUGGAGCAAAAUGUUCACUUAGCACUCCUCUGAGCCCCAACUUGUUUUCUUUUCGAAAUUAUUGUCUCUGUUAGAAACAUUUACUCCAGAUUAUAACAAACACACAAACUGGCGUUAAAAAAAAAACUGACUGACGUUACAAACUGGCCAGUUUGUGACACCUUAGGGAAGAGUUAAAAGAAGGUAUUAACAGUCUUAUUUUUGUCAACCCAAGGUAUCUAACCUGUUUGCUCGAGACGAGAUCGAUGAGAUCACUCAGGAUCUUAUCAGUGUAAUGAAGGCUGAGUACCCGAGGAGACCGCCAACCAAUGAAAAUCUUUAUGACUACUUCAUCACUCGCGUCAAGAACAACCUACAUGUUGUACUUUGCUUUUCACCGGUAAGGACAUUGUCUGUUUUUGUCCGCUUGUUGGCUUCUUUUCUGACCGAGAAUUAGGUGCUGAUAAACUGGUCUUCUAACCAAUUUAAUCACUGGUUGUCCGACUGAUUGACAGGUUGACCGACUAACUCAAUGACUGCCUGACUAAUCGACGUAUAGACUUAUCAAUCGACUCUUUGACCGAUUGAAUGAUCAACAAAUCAACGGACUGAUCGCCAAACUGACUGACUGACUGACUGACCCACUAAUGGACGGACUGGCUCAUUGAAUGACUGAUGGACUAACUGACCAAGUGACUCUUUUUUUGGUUUCAUUGGCUAUUUCGGCUCUUAGCUUGGUACAAACGCUUUUCAAAUGUAACUUUGGAAUAUAUUACCGCUUACCAAUGUCAAAACACAAAUACUUCUAGGUUGGAGAGAAGUUCCGUAAUCGUUCACUGAAAUUUCCUGGACUGUUUAGCGGUUGCACAAUGGACUGGUUUAGCCGCUGGCCAAAAGACGCGUUGAUCGCAGUGGCCUCGCACUUUCUGUCCUCGUUUGAAAUUGUGUGCACUGCGGAAACAAAAUUGGCUGUCGUCAACACCAUGGGGGUUAUACAGGUAAGCUGCGGCAGGAGAGAUAGAUGUGUAACUGCAGUUAAGAUAAAAACAUCUGGCGGAUGGCUUUGGAAUGAAAAUUGAUAAAUGAUGAAUGUAUGAUAAAGUUGAAAGCUGUAGACUCGAGAUUACACAGAUAUAUUUUAAAUCACAUACACAAUAAUCAUCAUUUGUGCUCUCCUCUUGUGGUGGGCUCCCCUCUUUUGAUUUUGUCUAUUUCUCUUCUUACGUUCUGAAGAAUAUUACUGGAAGAGCAAUAAGAGGAAAAGUCUCUCUUUAAGCCAUGUGGACUUCAGAACUUGUUUACAUCGCAUUUUUCUUGUGGUAUAUUCAAUGGAUUUACAUUAAUUUGACCAGUGCAAGAUGUGCUUUUUAAUGUUGUAGGAAUUAUAGUUUUGGUUUUUUUUCCUUUGUUAAAACCAGGACAACGUUGCCGAGAUGUGCGUUCAGUACUUUGAGCGAUUCCGUCGGCAGACUCAUGUGACUCCCAAGUCAUAUUUGUCUUUCUUGGGCGGCUACAAAGACAUUUAUAGCUCACAAUACGAGGCGAUUGGUCUUCUUGCGCAACGCAUGAACACGGGAUUGGCAAAACUUGUUGAAGCUAGCGAAUCAGUGGCGAAGCUUUCGGAGGAGCUGGUUGUAAAGGAGAAGGAGCUGGCUGUAGCUUCAAAAAAAGCGGACGUUGUUCUUCAAGAGGUGACUGUCAGCGCCACAGCUGCAGAAAAAGUGAAGUCACAGGUGCAGAAGGUGAAAGACAAGGCUCAGGCUAUCGUAGAUGAAAUCGCGGUGAGUUGAAAUCGCUCUGUGAUGCUAUUGAGGGGUUUCGCUAGAUUUUGCAUCAUUUCACUCUUCAGGGCACUUAACAGCGUAUGGCAGGUCAAAGACUGUACGAGCAUGCAGUCUCUGCUUUCGGAGAAAUCUGUCGCGCAAAUAAAAAACGUCAGUGGGAAAAAAUGCGCGCCGUGUGGAACUCAGGGAGUGAAGUGCUUGAGUUUCCCGUGCAGCGCUGACGUAAUUAUUUUUUUAACUCGCGCAACGAAUUUCUCCGAAAGGGGGGAAUGCUCGUAGUUUAGGCAGGUUACGAUAUUUCAGGCCAUUGUAAUAACGAAUCAUGCCUUAGUUAUUCGUGAUAUUUCUACUAUUACCCCGUUCAUCAUCAGACAUCCACUCUUUCUCCCAACAGGAAGAUAAAGCGGUUGCAGAGGGGAAGCUCGAGGCUGCUAAACCAGCCUUGGAGGAAGCUGAAGCUGCCUUGCAGACCAUCAAGCCCGCUCACAUCUCCACCGUCAGAAAACUGGCCAAGCCACCUCAUCUGAUUAUGCGUAUUAUGGACUGUGUGCUACUGUUGUUUAACAGGAAAAUUGACCCAGUGACGGCAGAUCCAGAGAAGGCUUGCCUUAAGCCGUCCUGGGGAGAAUCAUUGAAGUUGAUGAGUGGUGGAGGUUUCCUAAACACUUUGCUAACUUUCCCUAAGGUAGAGUUUGUAAUCAGGGUCAUAAUGAAAUAAGGUAAUUUUGUAUCAUCACCUGAGUUGAUAACGUAAAUUGGCCACCGUAAAGAUUUCCAAAGCUGACGUUUCGAGCGCUAGCCCUUCGUCAUUCGCUCUGACGAAGGGUUAACGCUCGAAACGUCAGCUUGAAACUCUUUACGGUGGCCAAUUUACGUUAUCAACUCAGGUAAUAAUACCAAAUUACCUUGUUAUACUCUCCCACCGACGUAGCGCCACAGUUUCUUUGGAGGCUUAACCCCUUUAUUCAAGAUGAAUUACUCUAGUUGAUAGUUAUGGUGCAAUUUUCAUUCAAUGUCAAAAGCAACUCGAAAAUACUGUGAUUGGUCCAGAAAACUUGUGCGUUUUUCCGCUUUUUUAAAACCUUGAAGUGUAUUCGCGUGAAAUAUUUGCAAGCAAGCCUAGGAAUUCUAAACAACAUUUUAUACAUAAUUUUUUGUAACCCCAUUUUUAUUUAUCCGUGAUUUUUAACGCAAAAAGGGCUGGAAGGCGACAUGGAAUUUGAAAAUGUUCGACUCACUUGCUCCUCCAAAUCUUCGUCCUUCUAAAAUGCCUACCCUGUAAAUGGUGGAUAUCUUUUGAGAGAAAUUUUCAACUUCAGAGCUCGCUGAUUUGAUUUCUCUUUGAAGUUUGCUGGCUCUCCACGGUUUCCUUUCCUAACUCUAAUAACUACAUUCUCUUUUGUUCCGUUUUGCACCUGAGUAUCCUUUUCAUUCUAAGGAUUCCAUCAAUGAAGAAACAGUUGAGCUGUUGAUGCCUUAUCUUGAAAUGGAGGAUUACACCAUAGAAGUGGCCAAGAAAGUUUGCGGUGAUGUUGCAGGGCUUGCCUCUUGGACUAAAGCAAUGGCUUUCUUCUACACCAUUAACAAAGAAGUCCUUCCUCUAAAGGUGAUGCUAACAUCCCGUUGUUAAGUUAAAAUAGCUAGCUCUCUUUGAUAUAUGCUGUGGCUAGUAAAAAAAAGAGGUAAGAUUAUGUGACACAAAAUGUUUGCCGUCAGAUUUCAAAUGUGAGAGGUCAAUCUUGAAAACUGGCACCCAUCGCCAUAAAGAUUUCAUUUCUUGUUCUUAACAUCAGCGAACAAUGAAUCUUUUUUUGCUCGGCUACCGGGUGUAAAUUGCACUAGGCGCGGUUAAUGUUUCGUUUUAAAGAAAGUUUUUCCACCUGCCAAUAAAAGAAUUGAAUUUAAAAAGUACAUAAUGAGAAGGUAAAAUAAAUUCUACAAUUAAAUCCCACUUUCCUACUCAACCUUAUUUUGUUCUGAUUUAACUCGCACCGUGCAGAUUGCUUUUUUUUUCUUCACAUUUUUCAUUCUUAUGUCCCUUGAGUGCUUUGUUAAACAGACGAAAGCACUAUGAAAUUAAUUGUACGCUUUGUGCGUGAAAUCUGUAGGCGAAUCUAAUCAUCCAAGAAGCGCGCUUGCAGAAAGCGACAGCGGAGUUGAAUGAAGCGCAGGCGCAGCUGGAUGAGAAACAGCGCGAACUGGAUCUGGUGCAGGCCAAGUACGAUCAGGCUAUGCGUGAUAAACAGACUCUGGUAGAAGAUGCAGAGGCUUGCAGGAGGAAGAUGGCCAAUGCAACGGCACUGAUCGAUGGUUUGGGAGGCGAAAAAGUAAGAUGGACUGAACAGAGCAAGAAAUUCGACCAGCAGAUUCAAAGGUGUGUUUCCACUGUAUUUUUUUUUUUUGUUUGGUUGUUGUUAAGUUACGUUGCCUUGUGAAAGUAUCGUAUUUCAGACUCGUUUUUUCCCGAUUUUUUACAGUUUCCUCAGUUGGUUAGUUAAUUUUUUCCGUUUUUUUCUAAAAAUCUUUCCCCCCUCCCCCUCCCCUCCUUGUUUAGUCUAGAAGAGUUGGUAGGAAGUACUGCGAGAAGGAAAAGUUUCCAAAAUUGUCGGAGGGGGUAGGGUAGGCGCGGUGUGGAGUAUGUGUUGUAUGGUGUUGGACUAUUUUAACAACCAACAACAAAAGGAAUAUGGUGGAGUGUGGAGUAAGGUACUUGGAAUGGACAACAUUUAAAAAUAUACAACAAAUGAAACAUCCCGGAAAAUGCGUGUUUCAGAAACCGGGACAAUUUACGGCUAUCGUAACUCUCUUCUUACACUCUGGUGUUCUAUCUCAGGUUGGUAGGAGAUGUGCUGCUGGCUACCGGAUUUUUGUCAUAUUCUGGUCCGUUUAACCAGGCUUUCAGAACUCUGUUGUUGGACAACUGGAAGAAAGAAAUGAGAAAAAAGAAGAUUCCUUUCUCAGAGGUAAUAGUUUACUUCAUGAGUUAGUAGGUGUAUUUUAACAAACAGUCAGCAGAAUGAUUUUGGUGAUUUUCCCUAAGCAAACAUCGUAAAAGGUGUCCUUAAUUCACGUAAAUCAGUUGAUUUACUCAAUUUGUGUACAUGUAAACUUUUGGAAAAAUCUUCAAGGAAACGGCUCUGUUGUAAUAGUAAUAGGGGUGCUUCGAGGUGUUACUACUCUGUUUUGAUUUUUUCGUGUUUGGUUUUUUUUUUUAAUUUUUCAGUAUAGUAGCUUUUUUUAUAUCUUUAAGAUUGAAGCCAUCGCCCUUGUCAGACCGUUGUGUUGCUUUUUAGACUGAGCUUUAAAGUGACUCUUUGGAAGGAAGGAUAAAUAGAAUUACGAAAAACGAAUAAGAACAGAAUCGAUUAUAUAGUUUUUCUUUUCCCUAUGCAGGAUUUGAAUCUUGUGAACAUGCUCACGGAUGCUGCUACCAUUGGCGAAUGGGCCCUCCAAGGAUUACCCAGUGAUGAGUUGUCAGUCCAGAAUGGUAUAAUAGUCACCAAGGCAGCUCGCUAUCCACUCCUUAUUGACCCCCAGGUGAGAUACGGAUGACAAUAACCCGGGAUGAAGGACGAAAUAUUUUCUUGACAUCUACAGUUCGUGUUACCUGCCCUUACCAUUAGUGGCCAUUAGUAAUGUCAUUUGGAAUACGUAUAUUGCUGUGGUGUUGCACACGUUCGGGAAACUUGAUGGGCUAAACUUGGAGGAAAGAGUGCAUAAUUCAUGUUUUGUUCAAGAUUGAACAGUUCAAAGGCGAAAUAUGUGUUCUGAGGUGUUCAAAUAUUGUUCUACUUGAAUGAACACGAGAGAUCCCUUUCGGUAACAAACGAUUAGCGUCUUUAUCUGCCAUGGCUAAUAACUUUAGCCUGAAAACGCUAUUUAAUGGUAUUUCUGUUAUUCAGGGGCAAGGAAAGGCGUGGAUUAGGAAGAAAGAAGGACCGAAUGAACUACAGGCAAGUUGAUAAAAUUUCGCUCUUGUUCAUUAUCUUCUCUGUAAUUUAGUGAUACAGGGCACAGGCUUUAGUUGCUGUGGUAACCUACGAGGAAAUGAUGUUCCAUCCACGAGGAAUCCUAAAAAGUUACUGUUAUUCCUCGGAAAAAACGACUAGCUUGGACUCUAGUGUGGACUCUAGCAUCGAAAGAAAUUUCAGAAUUAUCUUUCAGUGGAAACCUUUCUUUCUCUGAUUUCUCGUUUGUCUUCCAUUAGGCCACUGCCCUUAACCACAAAUACUUCCGUAGCCAUUUGGAAGAUUCGCUGUCCUUGGGAAGACCACUGAUCAUAGAGGAUGUUGGCGAGGAACUUGAUCCCGCACUCGAUAACGUACUGGAGAAAAACUUUAUCAAGUCUGGCAAAACGUUUAAGGUACAGAAAUACCUAUUGUUUUGAUAGUUGUCACUAACUUGCCGUAAUCUUUCUUCUUUAUUAUUUGGAAAAGCUUUCACCUAAAUACAACUCCAAGAGGGCCUUACUCUUGGCCCCCGUUGUUAUGGUAUGUCGUAAAAAUGAAGCACCGUUAACAACCAUAGAGCAAUACAAAAGUAAGUCCACCGGACAAAUUUCAGGACAAUUUUAACGGCUCUUAAUUCCUUUUGAGGUAUCCUAAAAACCAGCCUGAAAAACUCUUCAACAGUUACAUCGUCACUAUUACGCCUUGUAAAAGUUUCGCGUUUGUGAACUUUCGAACUGAUUUUUUUUUUUUUGAUUUAGAGAGAUAUUGGCGAAAUCAGCUAGGCGUGGUCAUCAUCUGGGGAAGAAUUUCUAUUUAGAAAUUUUUAAGAUUUGAUUAGUUCAGCUGAGUUUUUUCUCUUUAGUAUGGGUGACUUACUCAAUGUACUUCUGUACUUUCCAGGUCAAAGUGGGAGACAAAGAAGUGGAUGUAAUGGAUGGUUUCCGUUUGUACGUCACCACUAAGCUUGGUAACCCCUCCUACACUCCUGAAGUUAGUGCCAAGACCUCCAUCAUCGACUUCACGGUUACCAUGAGUGGCCUGGAAGAUCAGCUGCUCGGUAGAGUGAUAUUAACAGAAAAGCAGGUGAAGUGUCGCUCUGCCAUGAAUUAAUGUGUUAUUUGUCUUCAAAUUCAGGUUUAAAUCCUCGUGAAACGAACGCCAUAUUGAAUUGUAAGAGCAAGAGUAGGGAAGAGGGAGUAAAGAAAAGGCGAUUUUAAUAAGCAGAAAGAUUUUCUUCUUUUGUUCUCUUUGAGGUAUUUUUCCUAACUAGCUACCCAGAUAAAAAAAAAAAACAAUAGAUCUAAGUUUUGGCGCUUAGAAAUCGCGAUGAGUCUUCAAAAUAAAUCAAUAAAACAUUAUUGUUCAUGUAGGAACUGGAAGCUGAACGUACCAAGCUAAUGGAAGAAGUGACCGCUAACAAACGAAAAAUGAAGGAUCUGGAAGACAAUCUACUUUACCGACUCACUAGUACCCAGGGCUCUCUCGUGGAAGACGAGUCUCUGAUCCAGGUUCUAAGUGUGACAAAAACUACUUCAGAGGAAGUCAGUGAAAAGUUGCUGGUUGCAGCGGAGACAGAGGUGAAGAUCAACACUGCUCGUGAAGAGUACAGGCCAGGUGAGCGGCUACAAUUAACAAUAAACAAUAAACGAGUCCAGCGGAUCAUUCGUUAAGUAAAUGGGGAAUGUAGGCGAAGAACAAGAGAAAUUUCUAAAGAGAAAAUUUUUGGGAAAGAAAUGCCGGUUUAUCCGAAGAAAAAAUCAGGAAAACAUGAUACCAAGACCCUCAGAAGUAUUUCUCUACAUGGAGAAAAGUACAAUUAUAUUUUUCAAUAUAUAUGUGGCUGAUUGGAAAAUAUGAUCGAAACAAAUUAGAGCAGCCGUAGAAUUCCAUAUUCGCCCCAAGAUGAUAAUCUGGGCUUCCUAAUUGAUCAAUUGUUGUGCUGUGUUCAUAAGGUAAACACUAUGUUGCAUAUUAUACUGCUUCUGUACAGAUUAGUUACGCCCUCUAUCUGCUGUUUUAUUUGGUCAGUAAAACUACCAGGCGCUCAACACAUUGAAUGUCUUGGGACAAGUUCUGUCAUGUCCCAUAAAAAAGCACGACAACAAAAAAAUAACAAAAAUAAGAAUAUCACCUUCUCCUGCCUUGAUAAAUGAUGAGCGACAACUGUUUUCUCUCCUUCUCCUCCCUAGUGGCCACAAGAGGUAGCAUCCUUUACUUCCUGAUAGUCGAGAUGUCUUACGUGAACGUUAUGUACCAGACCUCUCUCAGACAGUUCCUGGGCUUGUUUGACAUUUCCAUGGCACGCUCUCAGAAGUCUCCGAUUCCCGCCAAGCGGAUCCAGAACAUCAUUGAGUACUUGACAUUUGAAGUGUUCCGCUACACGACGCGUGGUUUGUACGAAGAGCAUAAGUUCCUCUUCACUUUGCUGCUCACGCUGAAAAUUGAUUUGCAAGAGAGAAAGAUUCGCCACGACGAGUUUCAGGUUCUUAUCAAAGGUAUGACGAUUAAAUUAUGGUACUCCCCGAUUGAUUAGUGUUCAUCCAUUUUCUUUUUACCUGGUGACCCUCUUUUGCGGUUUAUAUAUUUGUUCUCUAGUUGAUUUUUUCCUUGUUGGUAGUCGACAGCGUUAUUUCGACUGUCUUAAAUUGAAAUUAAUAGUUGUAAGUUGACAAAGUUGAACAGGCUAUGGGAACGAAGGGAGGGUAUGUUAAUUUCUAAUUUUAAAAGUCUUGGAAUUCAUUGAAGUUUUAAUUCAAUGGUUUUUAUGCUCCACUUUGCCAAUUCGUCAAUCUGAAUACUUGAUUCUCUUGUACGGCAGGUGGUGCUGCACUGGAUCUGAACGCUGUGGAACCCAAACCAAAGAAGUGGAUCUUGGACAUGACUUGGCUGAAUCUUGUGGCCCUCAGCAAACUUCCUCAGUUUACUCAGCUCCUGGGACAGGUCAGUACCUAUGUUAGUUGAUGUUUUUGUUAUGGUUGGUGUCGUGAUUGUGGUUGUUGUGUUCCCUUUGUUGUUGUGAUGAUUGUUUUGCGAUCUCUUCGGCGACUUUGAUGUAGCUUGCAUUUUUGCUUUCGUGACCAUCGUCAUAGAGCAAGAAGUUGGUGAAAACUGUACAAAUUUUGUAAGAUACCCUGAAACGUGUUGGCAAAUUGAAAGCCUAAAAUUAAAAUAUUGUUAGAGUGUUAGAUAAUGUAUCCUCUCGUAGAAAUCUAUGAUUAUAUUCAAUUCAGAUGGAGGCUAACCCUUUGAAAAUGCGCUUCAAUUUUUUUUUCUUUUCUCUGGCUAUAAUGAACUCACAACUGGACCAUGAAUGUGAACGUAUCUCCACAGGUUGCGAAUAACGAGUCUGGUAAAGCCUGGAAGACCUGGUUUGACUCUGAAGCACCAGAAGAUGCGCCAAUACCAGAUGGCUAUCAGGGCUCUCUCGACACAUUUAGGAAACUUCUACUUAUAAGGGCCUGGUGCCCAGAUCGUACCAUAAACCAGGCUCGGCGUUAUAUCACUGAUGCCAUCGGGAAAGAGGUGAGUACUUUGCUAAGUAGUUAUCAUUUUAUUUGUUUCACACUGGGGAAAUGAUUCUCACAUAAGAAACUUCGAACUUCGUUUCUGGAUUCCAAAGAAACAUGCUGCUCGGGAAUUUUAUGCAGAUGGUCACACCUAUGGUCAUUUGUUCGUAGUUUUAAAAUAAGUGGGACAUUGUGAAAGAUACCAAACGUAUUCACGGCCUCGAAAAAAAUUUCCACAGUAAGGCUUUAUCUGGGAUAUGGGUUUUUCUUACGGGACAUAGCUACGAUAUAUCCUUUAAGCAUAUUACUUGGUAUUUUAUAUCAUGUGUUACCCAGAAUUCCAAGAGAGGUGUUGGGUGUGCUCAGAGUUAAACAUGCUUCUCUUGUUCUCACAGUACGCUGAAGGAGUUAUUCUGAACCUGGAAGUCAUGUGGGAAGAGAGUGACAUUAGGACACCAAUGAUUUGCUUCCUGUCGAUGGGUUCUGAUCCUACAGCGUCCAUCGAGGCUUUGGCUAAGAAACAGAGAUUAGGUAAGAACAUUAAUGUUCCUCCUUACCAAAUGAUCCAUUGUAAGGAUUGUGAAUGAUCGCCAGCUUAAAGAUUUACUCCAAAUUUACGUGUAGAGCUUAAGGCAACGUUUCCUAAAUGCGUUGUAUUGUUUUUUAUCCAGCGAAUUCGAUUGUAAAGCUUUAUUUUGAGACAAAUCUUCUAGAAAAUUCGAAGUCGAAAAAUUUAGCCAGAAAAAGAAUGCAGCACUAUCAUCUUUGAGCUCAGGAUUGUAUCGAAAGGGCAACCGCCCCGUUGAAAAGACGAAAUCCUCGUUAUUGAUUCUUUAGAAGAUAUUGCUUUGUAAUUCUUGGACUUAAGUGAAGUGUUCGUCUACCAAAGAUAGUUAAACGGUGAAAAUUUUAUUGUUUCUCGCACAGACUGCCGGGCCAUCUCCAUGGGACAGGGACAAGAGGUACAUGCACGGCGUCUAUUGGCACAAUUUAUGAACGAGGGAGGCUGGGUACUACUGCAGAAUUGUCAUUUGGGACUCAACUUCAUGGAUGAGUUGUUGGAGACGGUAUGUUUCGACUCGUUUUUAUGUGUGUUUUUGUUGGUUUGUUUGAAGGUAUUGAUUAAAGUUUUUUAUUUUCCGUAAUCUCUUAGUGUUGGCAUUAUUGACCAAAGACUUGUUUAAGGAAUUAAAUUUUUCAGUAUGAAAUGAGAUAAAUUAUAUUUUGUCAUAUUUUGGAUUAAAUUUUGAUUAUUUGUUUUUUAGAUCACCACAACAGAGAAUGUCAACGAAAAGUUCCGUCUGUGGAUCACGACAGAAGUUCAUCCGAAAUUCCCGAUCACUCUUCUCCAGUCCUCUAUCAAGUUUACUAAUGAACCACCGCAAGGCAUCAAGGCUGGUCUGAAGAGAACAUACGCUGGAAUCACACAGGUUUGAGAGGGAAUUGAACGGGUUGCCAAAUUGCAUAUUAAAGCCUUAGCCUCUAUGAUAAAUUUUCAAAUUACGAAGGAGAAGGGUGUGAAUUUAAUAAAAAAUAUUCAAAAUUUCUCGUUUCAUUGUUACUUUUCUGCAAAAGAGAGUAAGCGCUUGAAACGGUAGCGAUUAUGAAAUUUAAGUGCGCUGACGAAACAAAUUAUACGAACAAUGACCUUUGUUUCUGCUCUUUUAAUCCACAAAAUUAUGGAAGAAAUGGAAUGAUGUGAGAAAAAGUAAUAGAUCAAUUGAUUCAAGUUUGCAAAUUUCAAAUGGAGAGAGCACUGCUACUUUGAAAAGUCUAAAUGACGGUCUUGUCAAUUAGCUUUUAUGAACCUUAAGGUUACAAGUAGUCGGCUGUUUCACUUAAGAUGUCGACGACGAAGCGGGACUUUUAUUCUAAUAAUCACCUAUUUUCAUCUAUUUUUCCGUGGUAGAAAAACUCUCUCAAAUUCUUUGAUACACGUCUUGAAAUGAGACUUGUUAUAAGGUUUUCGUUACUAAAUCUACUAACUUUACUCUACCGUAGGAUCAACUUGAUGUAACUAACAUGCCACAGUGGAAACCAAUGCUGUAUGCAACAGCCUUCCUGCACACCAUUGUUCAAGAGCGACGCAAAUUUGGUCCAUUAGGAUGGAAUAUCCCGUAUGAGUUUAACUCUGCUGAUUUGACGGCCUCUGUGCAGUUCAUUCAAAAUCAUCUUGAUGAUAUUGAUCCAAAGGCGGUAAGAUUUUCUUUUUUUCUUCAUUGUCUUGAAAGCAAUAUUUUUUUUCCUCCCUCUUUAUUUUAAAGCUAUUGGUAAUAUUGUCGUAAGCUCCUUGGCCCAAACUAUGUUACCUGUAGACUUAGGGGUUUUUAUGACUUUUACAUUUGAAGCGGCUGCCGAUGGUGUAAUAGGCAUCUGCCCGCAAGGCGAAAACCACUGAACACGAGAGCCUGUUCGGUGCAACAGACGAUAGUGAGAGGUCCUGUAGGCGGCGGUAAACCGAUGGUUACGGGGUUUUAUUGAAACACCAGAGAUUCGAAAAAAUGUUGAGGCAAUUUCUUUGAGUAAUAAUCAUGCCCUCCAAAUUUACUCCCACUUGACGUCUUCAUUUCUCGUCCUUUUCUUGUUAAAUGUCAUUUAUUACAGAUCUACUUGUUUGAUUUUCAGAAUAGUUUUUUUUCUACCUCUCACUCAAUGCUAUUACAACGAAGGGUAUAUCUUUACUAACUGAAAAUUAAAUAUUUAGUUGUUCAUUGUUUAGUUUCUUUCACAUGUUUUUUGUCUUUUUUUUUUUUUAUCUCCUUCGUUGCAGAUCUCAUUAAUUUCAAUUGGCUAUUUUAGUCCAUAAGUAACAUCAACUGUUCACUGAUUUUAGUUAAACAUUAUUUUUCUGUAUCAGUCGAUCUGCGUGUCAACCUCUUGAAUCCAACCGUUUUUCUCCUUUCCCUCUUCCCCCAGGGUGUUUCGUGGGUGACUGUUCAUUACAUGCUGGGUGAAGUUCAGUAUGGCGGUCGUGUCACAGACGAUUUUGACAAACGUCUGCUCAACACCUACGCUCGUGUUUGGUUCAGUCAGGAGAUGUUUAAAGAAACCUUCAAGUUCUACCAAGGCUACAACAUUCCUCGCUGCGCACAGAUUGCAGAUUUUAAGGCUCACAUUGAUGAGAUGCCGUUGUCGGACACUCCAGAGGUAAUUGAUGUCUACCGCAAUAGAGUUCUUUUCCAUACAUCACAAAGGUUUCCAUAGGAACAAAUAGGUUUGGUUAUUUAAUGUUUAUGGUAGUUGCCUUUAUACGUAUGAAUUCUUUAUGAAUUAACCACGCUAACAAACAGGCAACUCAGAGCGAACAUUUAAAACCAGUUUAAUGGAAAUAAAAAUUUUAGUAUUCCAAAAAAAAUUUAAAAGGAGCUCCUAUAAACUUUUAAAAAUCAAUAAUUAUACAAGGCCCCCCUAUUUGGAGGGAAUAAGAGACAAGACUCCCCCGCCCAUAACAAGUCCUCUUGUUUUUAAAAAGUGGUCCAUUAUUUGCAAAACGAGCGUAAAUAAAUGAGUGACGCGAAUCACAGCAAUUUCCAACUAGAGUUUCCAAAUUACCAGUUUGAAUUCGUAGCAGCCUUAGUCAUUGUAAACAAAGAAGAAAAAUUGCCAAUGCUUGAAAAUAAUUUUUGUCGGCCUUGAUUACUCCAUUAGAAUACUUUAAUAACAUUAGAAGUCCUCUUCAUGUAGGUGUUCGGUCUUCACACAAAUGCUGACAUCACAUAUCAAACCAAGACCACCUCGGAUGUUUUGGAGACCAUUGUGAACAUUCAGCCCAAGGACAGUUCUGGGGGGUCUGGGGAGACACGCGAAUCACUUGUGGCGCGUCAAGCUACAGAAAUGUUGGACAAGUUGCCUUCGGAUUAUGUUCCUUUUGAGGUAAAACUUGUAGUGUGAUUUCACUCUCGUACUUUCAACAUGAUCAGCAAACCCGCUUUAUAUCAUUAUAUCAAACUCUUUUUUUCUUUUGUACCCAUUGUACAAGUCAGUGAAACGGAGUAGCAGGGGUUUUAAUAACUUUUCCAUAAGCGGCUGCGGAUGACGUAAUAGGUGGCUAUGCCAUUAGGCGAAACCCAAAUACGAGGGUCUGCUCGCAGGCUCAACCGACGGCGGUGAGAGUUCUUAUAGGCUUGGAUGAUAAUUUAACUAGGGAGUCACUUAAAUCUCGCCUAGCCAUUAAAAUAUUCUAAUCAAUAGGUAUGAUUUUAAGAUUUAGUCUCAACACUUUCUCUCAGCGUACUACAUACCAAAAUUAUGCUUCCAUGUCUUAAUUAUUGUAAUUUAGUUUGGAAAUAUUACAAAUAUUGUGAUAUAUUUUGUUUAAAUUUGUUCCUUUUUUUCUUUCGAGGGAAGCCAAGUUUACAAGCCUUAUUUUUUUUCCAUUAAAGGCAAAUUGAAACGAAAAGUAAAUAAAUGUCCAUCAAAUUUCAAUGCACUGAAAGUGUAAGGAGACGUUACUCUUUGAUCAUGUCCGAGAGUAUGUGAGUCAAAAUCAUGCAAGCUAAGAGUACAGAUUGCUGACUGAAUGUAAUUUUCUCAGAUGCCUCAUUAAUAAUAAUAAUAAUAAUACUUUUGUCUAUUAAAUUACUACAGGUUAAAGCACGCCUGCAGAAAAUGGGUGCUUUGACGUCCAUGAACAUUUUCCUCCGUCAAGAGAUUGACAGAAUGCAGAGGGUCAUAACAGCUGUGAGGAACACACUUGUUGACCUUAAGCUGGCCAUAGAUGGUACGAUCAUUAUGAGUGAAAACUUGAAGGAUGCUUUGGACAACAUCUAUGAUGCCCGUGUCCCUGCUCUUUGGAAAAAGGUAUUUUUUUCUUUUUCCUCUUCAGCUUUGUUUGGUUGUUUUGUUUUGUAUUUAUGUUUGUUUGUCUUGUUUCGAUUUGAUCUAUUUUUAAAAUUUUGGAGUUUUUAAGCCUGGGAGCCUUAGUUCCAAAAACACUCACUUUCAGAAAGAGGCUGAGGGCAAAACCUUUAAUGUGAAAAAUUAAUUCGUUUAUUAAAAGACAAUUUUCUCAUGUAAACCUUUACACUCACCCUCGUUUAAGGCAGAGGCAUUAAACACCUCAAAAAUGGCUUAUUACCUAAAUUGGGUUUGUUUUAGACAUUAUCAACUGAGUAACAGACGGGUUUUUUCCAUUCUCCUCCCCUGUUUUCACGAUAUAUUCGGAUAUUUUGAAGAGAAGUUACGUUGUGUUGAAAUGCCUUUCUUUCCUUAUUGAAGAUCUCGUGGGACUCGACGACUCUUGGAUUUUGGUUUACUGAGCUGAUCGAGCGCAACAAUCAGUUCCAUUCGUGGUUAUUUGAAGGCAGACCUAGUGCGUUUUGGAUGACGGGAUUUUUCAACCCUCAGGUAUGAAGCCAGCUGUUUGUUUGAUGUUUGGUUGGCUUACUUGCUCGCUAAGAGUUCACAUGAAUAAAAGUCUUCUGGGAAAAUUGUUCAAAAUGCUUUGAAAGAUUCUAAAGAUACACUAAGAAACGUUGUAAACAUGGGAAUGGUUUUACUCUAUCUUUGUGUUUGCUCGGGGAAUUCCUUUAGGAUCAUAUGCUCGUGAACUUGAAUACUUGAAACGAACUUCACAGUGUAUUAUUUUUAGAGAUUAUAUGGCUGCCAAUCCAAGUUUAAAAGAGAUUGAAAAUUUCAGAAUACGAGAAAAUUUAGAUUGUCUAUUGAUUCUAAUGAUGAACAACACUGUUCUUUCACAGCCAAUAUUCACUUCGCUUUGUUUACAAUUAGGGUUUCCUGACCGCAAUGAGACAAGAGAUCACGCGUGCGCAUAAAGGCUGGGCCCUCGAUAACGUUGCACUUGCCAAUGACGUUACUAAGAUGAUGAAAGAAGAUGUGUCGUCAUCGCCAGCGGAAGGAGUCUAUGUGCAUGGCCUGUUCCUGGAUGGCGCUGGGUGGGAUCGACGAAACUGCAGGCUCACGGAGCCUUCCCCUAAAGUUUUGUUUACUGCCCUCCCUGUGGUGCACAUUUAUGCGGUUAAUACUGCCGCCUUGAUUAAGGACCCCAAAAAUAACCCAGACGCACUGAAAUUUUACGAGUGUCCUGUGUACAAGAAGCCCAGACGUACUGACUUGACUUACAUUUUCUGCUUGAACCUGAAGACUUCACAGCAUCCUGAUCACUGGAUUCUUCGAGGUGUUGCUUUGCUGUGUGACACCAAGUAA